GACUCGGGGAGGUCAGCAGCGGCUGUGCUUACUUCCCGACUGCAGCAGUGCACCCCAGUCUCACAACCUUCGUCGGAGGCAACCGGACAGAGCUCUUCUGCAGCCAAGGUAAGAGAAGCAACGGAUAAAAGCCUCAUAGGAAGCCUUUUCUCCCCCCGCUUCCCCCGCUCGCAAAGGUGUGGAGGAAAUAUAUUUCUGGGAGAGCUGUAAUCUCACCAACCAUGUUGUUGUUUUCUGACUGAGCAAAGAAGAGGAAAGGAGAAGAAAUGAAACCCUAUUUCACACGGCCGAUUUUAUUAUUCUUAUUAUUUUAUGUUGCUAUGCGUUUUAAGAGUUUUCCUGCAGCCUUAACUCUUUGUGUGUGAGGGGGCGGGUUAGGGAGAGAAUACUUAAACCUAUAUCGUUUCCUUCUUUUAAGAGAUGGUGGUUGUUUUCCUGUCUGGGAACAACCGACCUCUCUCUCCCGCGUUGUCGUGCAUGGCUCUCGUCUGCGUAUCUGGCGCUGGAGUGUCGAGGUGGGAUACGAUAUCGGGCGGAGAUUGGGGUUUUCUUUUCGGUUGUUUUGCCUCCCCGCCCUCCACAUUAGCCGACAGCCUUUAAUGGCAGAUAUAGGUUCAGCACCCUGGAUAGCGGCUACGGCUGCGGACUGCGUCGCAGCGGCGGUAGAAAUCCAUCAGGGCAGCUUGCGCAGCGAAAAGCUUCACUGCAGCAGUGGGCUUCGAUUCAGCACUUCGGACAGCUAACCUCCUAUAUGGAGACCGUAGGGUCGUGGUCAGCACGUUGGACAGCGCUCGCCUGGUUGCAGAGAUCCCGACUUGCAAAUAACUGCAAAAUGAUAACGUGAAGUGAGGUUGGGGGGGGGGGAGGUUAGAAGGUUAGAAUAUGUCAGACAGAUUGUAUGUGCUCGUGUAGAGGCACAUUAAAAUCUUUAAAAGGCGACGGCGAUCUAGUUCCAAGUUUCCAGCUUCCUUUGCGUCUUUUUGUCAACAAUGCUUCCCCCCCCACCGCCCAGCGGUGCCUCUGUUUACACGCCAUCACCCGAGAUCACGCUGUGUCUCCAUCUCAGAAUAUCCGCAUUCAUUGCCACUUAGGAAAGGCAAAAAGCCUUUCCUAACCUCCGUAUUGCAGAGUCCAGAAUUGCGAAACCUCGGCUUUUCGUCCACCCCCACCCCCCAAAAAACAACCCGUGGAACCUCGCUUUCCUGAGGGGAAAGCCUGUGUUUAAGCAGAUAAAUUCUAAAAGGUGACGGGUGGGGGGGAGGCGGUGGGGAAAGGGGGCGUAAGAUAGCUUUUGGUGCCUUCACUUUCCAAUAUUAAAGUUCGUAUUAUUUGCUUGUCACGUUGUGUGCUCUGUUUUCAAUAAGUUAAAAAAAUCCGGUAUUUUUUUAUUUCUAUCCCUGUCUCUCCACCCACCCCGCCCACCUCAUCAUUUUAAUGACGACGUUUGCAAUGGCCAAAUUGCUAAACUUCCAUUGGGUUUGAAAACAAACCACUCGUGAGCCCGGCGCCCUGUAAUUUUCCCAUAGACUGGGCUGGGCACCUUCAUUCAUCUUUUCCUUGCUAGUACACGUCGGAGGGCCAUUCCUACGAGGCUAUGGGAAGCAAUGGGGCCAGAGCCUCUGGGAUGCAGUAGGGAGAUCUGUGCUGGAUGUGGGUUUUUUAAAAUAAAAAACAAGAACAACUGGCCAACCCACUCCCAAGCCCUCGACCGGAGGGGAGGGGAACCGAGCGAAGAGGACUCUGGUCUCGUGUGCACCGCAGAGCUUCCCUUAACUGUGCGUGCAUCUUAUGUAACCGAUUUGCUGGAAUGUCUAAAGCAACAUUCCUGGCCCACAUAGAACAUGCGGGGUUCAGAACCGUCGACGCUUCUUCCUGCCAUGGGGGAGGGGUUGCAUUGAGAGGAGAGAAAAGGACAGCGGACCGGGGGCCCCUAAGCAAGGAAGCCUCAAGGGAGAUUGUUUACUUAAGUGUGGGGGGAGCAGGGUAUUCACAAGUACAGCUUUGCGCUUCCUCGGAGCUCCGGGCCACAGAGCGCUUCACAUGUUUGCGUCAGAGGAAAGCUCUUACGUGCGAAAUCACCAGUAAAAACGAUUCCUGGUAGUUUUCUUCUUCAUCGCAGGCGAAGGGGUGAAGAAGAAGAAAGCGAGUGGGAGGGGAGGAAGCCUGCAGUGUUACAGGGGGCGGGGGCGCAAAAGAAAAAUCCUUGCGUCUGAGACUGAUAGGAAAACCAGGGGACCGUGAGGCUUUGUUUCCAUCUUAGCAGCGUCUCUGGAUAAGUGAUGCGGGGCGAGAUCUCAGGGGGCGCCCAUUCAUGGCUGCAGGGUGGAAAGAGAGAGAGACGCGUCAGCUCGGCUCAGCUGACGGAUUAAGAGGGCUGAUUGAGAAAACUCCCGGAGAUCAGGCAGCAAGCACCAGAUUUGAUGCUCCCAGCCUGACGUUUGCUUCCCACUGUCACGUUUCCUGGCCUCUGCGUCCAUCUGCUGCAUUAACUGCUGGCGUGGAGGAAGCACGUUGAAUCAAGGGGUGCCUACAUCGAAAAGAGGCUACUUAGCUGGAAGUGGUGAGGUGCGGUGACUUCUUUCUGUCUCCCACCCCCCACCCCACCCCACCAUUCGGUUGUCUAAAAAGCUUUCAGGUCCAAAUCGCAGGGGCUCUACUGAGCACAGCUUGUUUUCCGCUCGGGUCCUGGUGAUAAGAAUCAGGUGGGGUUAUUAUUAAUCCAGCUGGCGACGGCUGCCCAAGGCCAGCUUCUCCCAGCAGAUCUCUACGCAGCAAAACAGAAGCGAGCGAGACUUACCACGUGACAAUCUAAACACGACUGAUAUACCUUUCUCUUAAUCUAUUUGUUAAACAAAUUAACCCCUCCAUGAGAUUGUUGUUAUCGUGUUUUUGUUGUUGUUUUGUUUUAAGGUGUGGGCUUGUCAGGUCCAUCUGGACAAAGCAGGGAGGGGAAGAGGGGGGUGGUUUGAAGGAUGCUGUCGCUGCAGACAAGGCGAGCAAAGGGUGUCUUCCUCGGGCUCACGACGUUAAGCACCAGCAAUGUCCUUCGGGUGCCUCGUGACUCAGAGAAUGGGAACCCAGAAUAAUCUCGAGGAACCGCGGGCAGCCACGACCGAGGAAUCGUGCCUCGCAGUAGGAAGAAGAAACGUGGUGGGAGUGGAGAAUGCAGCUGGUAGAUCAGAAGAGGACCGAUUGGGAGGGAUGUGGGGUAGGCUGUAACCCCAGAACCUGAUUUCGAUGCCAAGCCCAUCAUGGUCUUGCUGCUUCUGAAGCACAGAUUCUGCUUGAGGUCUUCCCAUAGGCAUCUGGUUGGUCCCCCAUAAGAACAUGAUGGCGAGUCAUUGAUGGAGCAGGAAUCUUCUUAUAUCCCUAUGAAGCAACAACAGCGUUUUCUAAGCAUGGGCAGAAUGCCUUUCUUGCAACAGCCAUGUCCAGGAAGGUUCUCCAUGUAUGACUUCCAGGUGCCUGGAUAUCAAACACAUGAGAAGAUGGACCCUAAAAGAACUGACAGCGUCACCUUGCAGUGGCUGGCAUGUGGAACAGAGACAGAAGGCGCACCAACCAAUCAGCAAUGCAGACCUGGAAGCAAACGAGCCAACACAAGCAGAACCGGAGACCAGCUCUUAGGGAACAACCUGAACAAAAUCUUUCCAUUAGGACCUGCCAAUGCAUAAUUCCACAAUGGCUUGUUUGAUUGCCAAAUGUUUCAGGCAGCGGGAAUUGGAUGGAGCUGAUGGCUGCUGCUUUUGCAAAGAGUGCAAAUCAGCCAGGAGGAUAUUUCCAGACUGCAACAACUGAGAUGACUUUGGGCCCUUGGUUCCAAAGAGCUGUCAGAGAGGGUAUCCCAAAGAAUGAGUAAAGCAUGCCCUAGUGUGUCAAGAUUAUUGUUGUUGUUGUUGUUUAUUAAUUUUGUAUAAUAGAUUUGUAGCGCCACUACAGAGGGCCUUCUCGGUAGUGGUGCCCACCCUGUGGAAUGCCCUCCCAUCAGAUGUCAAGGAAAUAAACAACUAUCUGACUUUUAGAAGACAUCUGAAGGCAGCCCUGUAUUGAGAAAUUUUUAAUGUCUGAAGUUUUCCAUUUUUUUAUAUUCUGUAAGCCGCCCAGAGUGGCUGGGGAAACCCACCCAGAUGGGUGAGGUAUAAAUAAUAAAUACGUUUUGCCCAUUCCUAACACCCAAGUUUCUCACUCACUCAAGGAUUUAUGGCAAGGAUUUAAUGUUUAGUUUUAUAUCUUGGAGCAGCUAACUUUUUUGCCCUGAGCAUUGACCACCCCUCAUAGGGUUAUAUGCCAGUGAUGAACUGAAGUGGGUGUGGUCAAUGCACACUCACAUGCAUGCACCCCAACACACACACACACACACACACAUGCAUAUGGACCACACUGCCACAGCAGAGUGUUUUUCCUGCCCGUUGCUGGCUAGGAGUCUCUUUUCCUACUCCAGUGCUGCAGUGGGGAAGAAGAAUAAAUGAUUCAAAUGUCUUUUUAAUUUGCAAUGACGCCUCUUCUCUGUCUGAUGCAGCACCAUUGCAAGAAAGUCUUAGGGCUCGGCGAACGGGAUGCAGUGUUGCUUUGGGUUUCCUGUUUUCUUUGAGCAGUUGUAUGUCUUUAAAUAUUAUUCACAGAUGGGGAGAGUGAUGUUAUGCUUAGGUUCUGCUUGCUAUGGGCAUCUGGUUGACCACUGUGAAAGCAAUGUGCUGGACCAGAUGGACCUCUGGCCUGAUCUUAUGUUCAUUUACAUUUCCUGCUCCCUUUAUGUUUAGAUAUGAUCAAAAUGCAUCUUUGAAUAUAGUAUAUGGUUUUUAUAUGCCUUAUGCCUUGCUCUCAGCUGCCCAUCCACUUAUGCCUUGCUCUCAGCUGCCCAUCCACUUUAUGCUGUUCCUCUGUGAUAUUCCUUUGCCACUGUAGGUGGAUUGGGUUGGGAACUGAAAAUAAUACCAGGCAGGGAACCAUUUGACAUUUGAACCAUUUUCCCAGUCUAGGAAUAGCAAUUUUUAGCUUCUCAUAGACUGUUUAGAUUGUGUCUCACAUGUGGUAUAGUGUUUUGCCUGUUGGUCAUUUCACUUCUCAGACCCACUUCCAGUGCCAAGAUAAACUAGCAAAGGGUGAACUGGCCACAUCAGAAAUCAUAAUAAAUAUCCUCAAAUCAAAAAUAAAACAACUUGUGCUGCUUUGUGAGACUCACGUCAUGAUAGUCAAUAGCAGGCUUCCUCAAACUCGGCCCUCCAGAUGUUUAUGGCCUACAACUCCCAUGAUCCCUAGCUAGCAGGACCAGUGGUCAGGGAUGAUGAGAAUUGCAGUCACAAAACAUCUGGAGGGCUGAGUUGGAGGAAGCCUAGUCAAUAGGGUGCCAACCAGAAGUUCUUAUAAUUUAUUACUAUUCAGUUCCUCUCCCACCUUUCCUCCAAGGAGCUGAAGGUGGCAUACAUGGUUCUCCCUGCCCUCCAUUUUACCAUCACAACAACCCUGUGAGGUAGGGUAGGCUGAGAGAAGGUGACUGGCUGAAGGUCAUCCCAUGAGCUUCAUGGCUGAGCUGGGAUUGGGCUCCAGGGCCCAUUAUGCCAUUCUGGCUCUCAACUCCUGUUAGCAUGGCCAACAACACAGAAGGUGUCAGGUUGGCUACCACUGGCUGUGUGGCUGCCCCUGGUGGCGCUGUGGUCUAAACCACUGAGCCGCUUGAGCUUGCUGAUCAGAAGGUCAGUGGUUUGACUCCCUGCAAAGGGGUGAGCUCCCGUUGUUCUGUCCCAGCUCCCUCCAACCUAGCAGUUCGGAAGCACACCACUGCAAGUAGAUAAAUAGGUACCGCUGCAGCAGGAAGGUAAACAGCAUUUCCGUGUGCUCUGGUUUCUGUCACGGUAUUCCGUUGUGCCAGAAGUGGUUUAGUCAUGCUGGCCACAUGACCCGGAAAGCUGUCUGUGGACAACCGCCGGCUCCCUCGGCCUGAAGUGAGAUGAGCGUCACAACCCCCUAGUCGCCUUUGAAUGGACUUAACCGUCCAGGCAUCCUUUACCUUUUUACCUUUUCUGUGUGACAAAAAACAGAGGAAGGCAAUUCAGUCUUUGGGAUGGGGCAGGUUAAAAUGGCUUUCUGCAGGUGACACCAUAAGGAAGAAGGGUGGGUGGGGAUGCUUUAAUGGUGCAAAAAUCAAUGUCUUAAUUGUCAGCAAGUGGGAGCUGUAGUCCAAUGACAUUGGAGGGCACCCUGUUGACUACUCCUGGAGCAGCCAGCACAUACUGUAUGCACUUAGGAAAUAAUUUAAGCAUGUACUAAAUUGCAUGGCAACGUUUUCCGUUGCACAAUAGGGAAGCAGGAGCUUAGCAAUAGAGCAUAGCUGUCAACUUUCCCCCUUUUUUAAGGGAAAUUCCCUUAUUCCAAAUAGGAUUCCUCGCAAGAAAAGGGAAAGGUUGACAGCUAUGGCAAUAGAGACAAAACACACCCGCAGCAGCUCCAUGUGAUGUAUCUGUGGUUGGACUGCACCACAUCAGACUGUGCCGAAUGGUUGAAUGCCCCUGCUGUGUAAAGCAAAUCAAAGCUAGCAUGUGCCUGGCUAGAUCAUUCUCUCUGACAUGCCAUUACCCACCCCCAAACUCCAUAUAUAGCCUUCUUCCGAGUCAACAAAUUGCAGGCAUUCACCAUCCCAUUCCUCUUCUGCCCCAUCUGAAUUGGCCAUACUGUCUGGCCGCCAUCUUAUAGCAUGGGGCUGCUGAUUGUGGAGCUCAGUUGCCCAGACACAUUCUUAGCCGCAUUGUUGAACCCGAGCCUUAGGGCUCAGCUGACAUCCUUUGACAGAGUCUUGAAAUAUCAUUACUGACAUAAAUUGAUGGAGCUGAAGUGAAUUCAUUCUACUGUAAUUAAUUUCUUCUGGUGUUGAUGCUGGACAAUGGCUUGAGCAAUCUUCCUUGCCAGCUGAAUUUAACUUACAUUGAUGAACAUCUCUGCUGAGCAGAGCUAAACUGUUUGCAUUCUAAUUUACUGGACUGGGAGGGUAGUCUUUAUAUAUCUGCAUUUCACUUCUGUAGCCGGCUAGAUCUUUAGUAAGCAGCAUGGAAAUGUUAUGGCUCAUGUAGGGAAGCCCCUGUCAUGCAGAAGAGUUUGCUUUUCCUGCUUUGACCCUAUACAGUGGUACCUCGGGAUAAGAACUUAAUUCGUUCCGGAGGUCCGUUCUUAACCUGAAACUGUUCUUAACCUGAGGUACCACUUUAGCUAAUGGGGCCUCCCGCUGCCACCGCGCCACCAUUGCACGAUUUCUGUUCUCAUCCUGAAGCAAAGUUCUUAACCCGAGGUACUAUUUCUGGGUUAGCGGAGUCUGUAACCUGAAGCAUCUGUAAACCUGAAGCAUCUGUAACCCAAGGUACCACUGUACCUAUUUAUCUGGGAGUUAGUUCCCUUGAACGCAAUGGGACUUGCUUCUGUGUAGGCAUGUAUAGGGCUGUGCUAGCAGAAUCUUCCACACUGGGGGCUAUCAUCCACCCAAUUAUUUCCUGCUCUCGGGGUGAGUGUUACAACAUUGCUUCUCUGUCAUAAAUGCAGUAGGAAUGUGCAAAGUGGAGCGUGUUAUAUAAUUCCAGGACAUGCAAUUCCAAGAUGCAGUGUUGAUUCUCCCAUCUCAACCACUUGGGAAUGACGCAUACAACCAAUUUUCUACAGCUUACUUCCACUGCAAAUUUUGGAAACCUUCUGCAAUUUAAACAUUAAGAGGCUACCCAUGCAUGCACAUGGGUGAAAUAUAUUGUUAUGCCUCAUCCCCUUUAUCAUAGCUUUAUAGUGUCCCUUCUUUGGCAGUGGUAGAUACAGUAUCUCAUCUUUCCCAGUUGCAGAAACUGAAUUUCUAAUCCAAGGGGAAAGAAAGACCAGAAGCAAUUUGUCCUGAAUGUUUCACUGUUACUUUGGAUGAUGAAUUCUCAUCUGGCAUUGACCAAAUUGAAUUCAUGCUGGCUGCAGCUAUCAAAUGCAUUUAGCUUUUCAGCUAGAACUAUCCCAAGCCAUGUGUGUUUUGUGUUCUAAAAAGCCCCCAUUAAAAACUGAGAUCUGGGCAUCAAAAUCAUUUAUAACCACAUUAACGACACCUAAUGGGAAUAUGUUGAUUUACACCCAUCAGGUAUUUUCUCCAGUUAUAUGUGUGCAGCUACAUUCAUACAGACUGGUGAUUUAAUCUCAGGAUUGCAAAUCUGAUUUUUUCUUCUUCUUUUUUUAUGCCUUCAUUGUUUCACAGAUUUUGAAGAAUUAGAGAUUAAACUGUUGUGUGAAUAGGUUUCUCCUACCCCGACCAAAAUGCAUUUCUUUCAAACUGUGAAAGUGAUGGUGUGGUUGAUGGGUUUGCUAAAGAAAGAAUAUAUAGCCCUCUGCUAAACAGGGAGAUGGUUAAUAUUUGGAACUGGGUUUGUUGCAUUCCUGGAAGUAAUCAUUUUUGGUCAAACCUUAUGCCAAGAGUCUGGUAAUUCUGGGUCAGAAUCUCCCCUUUCUAGCAAGCAAAAAUAAUUUUCAGUUGACAGGUUCACAUAUAAGAGUCUAGUGCUGAUGUUGACAAUUUGAAAAUAUGAAACUGCUUCGAACAUAUGAAAAUUGAGCCCCAGACACUGGCUCAUCAGGCUCAAGAGAAGACAUCCUUUCAAGCCCUUCUGCUACCUAAGAACCUCUUAAGUGCAGAUAGUGCCGGGACCUUGUGGGCUACGAAGAAACGCAUCUAUCAAUCUUAAGCAUAAAUAAAUAAAACUAAUGGAUGAAAGCAAAUCUCUUACUUUGAAAAGAGCAUCAUAUUUUGCUUGCAGUCAUUGCCUUACCGUGUCCGCAGGUAAGCCAGCCCUCCCCAACCUGGUGCCCUCCAUAUGUUUUGGACUUCAACUGGUAGGGAUGAUGAGGGUUGUGGUCCAAAACAUCUGGAAUGGGGGAGGCUGAUGUUAAACUUUUGCUGGAUUUCAGAAUUUGUUAAUUUUGUAUACCACCCUUCAUCCACAGAUUCCAGGGUAGUAUACAAAUUUAAAAAUUAUAUGACUUUUUCUUGAAGAAUAACAUUUUUUAAAUGCACACACACACACACACACACACACACAAAUCAUUCUAUCGUUCUUCACUGUGCCUGGGAUAUGACUCAGCAAUAAGAAUAUUUACAUGGUGGAGGGAAGGAACUACCAUUUAAAGUACACUUCUAGCAGGGGAGGGAGGGACCAUUUGUAUACAUGUCCAAGUAAUUAUGUUUUGCACAUCAUUUUAAUUUUUCAAAUUUUUAACGUCCACUAUUCACUGCUAGAGAAAUUGGAUAACUUUAGAAUGAUUGUAGCUGAGCAUAAUGGCUGCUAAUAACUGGCAACUUCCAUCUUUAACCAUGAAUACGAAAAGAUGCUUCUUUACAUGUGAUUUCUGACAUGACUGCCUUGUAUUUGGUUGCUCCUUUGAAGCCUAUUGUCUAAUUUAGAAAUGCCCUGUUAGAGCCACAAACAAAAGGAAAACUUCUCAUGAAUCGUAUCAACAAGAUCAAUAACUAUUAGCAGGGCUUGUUUGUAGUCAGUAGGCUUCAACACAUGCAUACCCCACCUUAAAAAAAAAAAAGUUCCCUAGCCAUAUCAAGACUAGUAGGAAGUCAGUGGCAGGGAAUAUUUUGCAAUCCAUAUCUAGAGCUAUAUUCCCUCCAGUACAACAUUCUGGAGGCCAAAUAAUGAUGAUGAUGAUGAUGAUGAUGAUGAUGAUAAUGGUUUAUUUAUACCCCACCCACCUGACUCGGUUUCCCCAGCCACUCUGGGCGGCUCCCAACAGAAUAUUAAAAAACACGAUAAAACAUCAAACAUUAAUGCCAAUGGUGAGCAGGACCAGAGUCAAAAGUGGGAAGGCCAAAGGAUGUGGUUCUUACUUUCGUACAGUAGGACUAUAUGUUGGUGUGAUGUGAACAGUGAGUUAAAUUGCACAGGCUUGAGCUUGAGCUCUAGCAAAUUCCCCAUGUCUGGAUGUUCUGAGAUAAGGGUGCCGGGUGCACUGGGUUACCAUAGCAACACCAGCAAGGUUGAAUGUAUGACUUGUUGAGUCAUUCAGCCUCCCAUUGGUUCAGGAAUUAAGCCUACUCGUGGAGGCAGGCAUAGUAGUCUCUAGGGCAUUGCUUUCAUUACGUCUUGUCCUGUUGCACAUCUAUGUCCUGUCCUGUUUGCUGUCAGGGGCUGACUCUGUGAGAGUCAGGAGAAGAGGCUGUGGGUUUUACACAGCAGCGUUUGCUAGCAUGGCAAUAGUGUUAGGGGAUCUUCCUGCACAUAUGUAUCUUCAAAGGCCAGAAGAAAUGCAUAUAUAGUAGACAGUAGUGUUUUGCUGCAUCUUAGAAACACCUUUUUACUUCGAACUGUGCGGGAGAAGCGUCCUCGCCCUCCUGUAAUCGGGGACUCUGGGAGAAGCUGUCUGCUGGUGACAGGGAAUCUCUGGAAGACUCUGCUGGGGCUCUGCAAUCUCUGUUGACAUAUCACACUGGUUGAGAUGUGGUGACAUCAGGGAGUGGGCAGAGGAGGAGUGGUGGAGACAGCCUCCCCAGCCUUUUAAUUCCAAGAAGAAAAAAGAACAGUGAGUUGAGGGUUGGGGGGGGCGAAGCAGUGGGAUCGCCACUGACACUGCCCUUCCAAGGGCUUGACAAAACCCACCUACCUAUAGUUGUCACAUUAUUACUCUGUGACUUGGUGCAUGGAGCCCCUUUGAAACAAUAUGGGGUGGUUAUGUAAUCAUCUGAAGUGCCUUGUAGAGUCUGCCCAACAUGUAUUUAACUCCACAAAUAAACUGCGUCACCAGCUAGAAAGCAUUUCCUCUCUCAUCAUACAGGGCACAAUCUAUUUAAGAUGCUGAUAGUCAUUAUCCAGUGUCGUUAUAUUGUAUCCAGUGUAUAUUUUUUGAAAACAGGCAAAUGGCUCCAAGAGAGAUGGAUUUAGGAUGCGGUAGCAGUUAGUGUUUGUGAAAGCCUGUUCAUCCGGUACCCUUUAGAAAAGGAGAGCAUAAUGAAACGGAAUGGAAAAACCUCCAGGGUUCUGAGUAGUCACUGAGCACUGAUACAUAGAUGUCAUCUUUCAUGUUGUGCUGUAGGGAAAGCUUAACAAUUUAAAAAAUAAAAAAAAGAAUUCUACACUGUGCAGGGAUUUCUAAGACAUCAGUAUUCUCUCCUCCCCUCUGGUGGCAGAAGCCUAUUAGGCUAUUGUGUCCAUCCAUUCUGUAUCUCAAAUUUCACAGUUUCGGUCCCUGCCCUGAGAACACGUUCUGACCUUGAGAGUGUCCCAUUCACUUAUUAAUAAAAAAGUACACCCUUAUAUUUAUGGCCACGGAAGAAGUAACAAUCCAUUGCAACCUACUGUUGUCAAGGAGAAAAACGGCGCCCGGGGAAAUUAUCAUUUGUCGUUACUGAAUUUAUCACGUUUGUGUACCACCGUUCCCUCAGUAAGAUAAAGGUGGUGUCUAGAGAUGGGGAAUAAAUGUGACUCUGUUCAGAUUCCUGAAGCUGAAUAUAUCUAAUCUGUGCCUUCCAAAACAAUAUGAGCAUCGAAACACAGCCAUCCCUCAAGAUUCACACUUAUCUGAAUUUUGUGAUGCAGUUCUCUAGCCAAGCAGUGUUUAUAAAAAUGCAUAUAUUAGGGGAAAUGUGUGCAAAAAGGAAUAUAUUUGUGAAAAUAAUAUACAAAAAUGCAUUGCUUGCCAAAAAAAAGUGCAUAUUAGUCAAAACCACAGGGAAAAACCUAUUUCUUAGGAGAAAUUCACACUAAAAUAUUGAAGGAUUUUCAUGAGGAUUUUUUUAAAAAUGAAAAUUGCUGCAGAAACAUGAAGAACAGAAAUUAAGAUUAGAAAGUGAGAAUCUUAGAGAACUGAAAUUAACAGACCCUUCUAUCCCUAGUGGUGAACAUAACCUCCCUCCCAUUAGGUAUAGGUUAGACUGAUAUAUUGGGAUUGGUCCAAGCUGAGAUAGUGAGUUUCAUGACUGAGAGUGUAUUUGAUUUAACUUUCCUAAUUCAAAAUCCAAUGCUCCAGUCCCUAUACUACACUGGGUACAUGAAGGGUGGAGCUAAGCAGUUUUUACUGUGCAGCAGAACAGAUAAGUAGCACUCAUCUAUCUGUGUCUGUGUGCGUAAACACUAGCUCUCUGAAGGGAGGACCUUAGCCAUUGCUAGAUACUCAUAGCAGACGCAAUGUGUUUUGAUGCCCUGGGUCAGAACAGCAAAUGGUGCCCCAAUCCCAAAGUCAAGACGCAUAAUACUAAAGGCAGGCAAGUUAUUUUGACAUCUGAGGCUGAACUUUCAACAAGCACCUCUCCUACUCCCUAACAGUAAAAACACAAUAAAAACAAAUUACAUAACUAACAUUUUGCUGCCCUCUCCUGACACCCAAACUCUGCUGCCUGAGGUGGUUAUUUUACUCUGCCUAAUGGGAGGGCCCUCCUGCCAACCUAGCAGUUUGAAAGCACGUCAAAGUGCAAGUAGAUAAAUAGGUACUGCUCCAGCGGGAAGGUAAACGGUGUUUCCGUGCACUGCUCUGGUUUUGCCAGAAGCAGCUUAGUCAUGCUGGCCACAUGACCCGAAGCUGUAUGCCGGCUCCCUCAGCCAAAAGCGAGAUGAGGGCCACAACCCCAGAGUCGGUCACGACUGGACCUAAUGGUCAGGGGUCCCUUUACCCUUUACCUUUAAUGGGAGGGCCAGUCUGAGUGCAUUGCAGAACAGGCUGGUAGCAUUCAAUAGAUCUGUAGAUAUGUAUUUAUUCAUAUAGGUUUAAUAUAUGAAGACUGCAUGCAUACCGAUACUCUCUCUCACACACAUACCAGUAAAUAUUUGGGACCCAGGAAAUGAGGCCAAUAUUCUGAUAAUUAUCAAUUUUCUCAUUUGGCUCUGGAUUUGGAUGAUGACUGGCUGGACGCAGAGGAAUGCUGGGAGGAACCAGCUGGGGAACCACCAAGGAAAGAAGGCUCAGAGCCCAGGGAGUGGCGGUCAGACAACAAGGAGUAGUCAGAGGGAGAAGACUGGGAAGAGGAGAUGUUGGAAGCUAAAGAAGAGACAGGGCUUAGUGAGCUGGGAGAGUCCGUGGCAGAGAGAAGUCUAGAAUCAGAGGUAGAAGCUGAAGUACGAAAGGAGGAAGAACAAGGCGUAGAUGUGAGUCAGGUUGGUGAAGAGUCACAAAUGUAUCCCCCUCCUGCUGUGACAAGCACCUCUCCCCACUGUCUUCCAGAACCAGAAGGAGACUGAAACGACCAGAGCAGCAGCAGGCUGCAUGUGGGCACUGUUAAUAAUAAUAAUAAUAAUAAUAAUAAUAAUAAUAAAUUUAUUUAUACCCCGUUCAUCUGGUUGGGUUUCCCCAGGCACUCUGGGCGGCUCCCAACAGAAUAUUAAAAACAUGAUAAAACAUCAAACAUUAAAAACUUCCCUAAACAGAGCUGCCUUCAGAUGUCUUCCAAAAGUCAGAUAGUUGUUUAUUUCCUUGACAUCUGAUGGGACUACCAAGAAGGCCCUCUGCCUGGUUCCCUGUAGCUUCACUUCUCACAGUGAGGGAACCACCAGAAGGCCCUUGGAUCUGGACCUCAGUGUCCGGGCUGAACAAUGGGGGUGGAGAUGCUACUUCAGGUAUACUGGGCUGAGGAGAAAGCCAUUGAGAGCAGGGGAUUUAAAUGGCUGUGAGGAGACAGGGACUUUCAGCCUCAGCAACUGAUUCAUGGGUUAAGACCUACCAGCAGGGCUUUUUGCAGCCGGAACUCAGUUCUGGCACCUCUCAGGUGGGCACCAUUGCCAUUCUAAGAGAACAAGGCAGGUGUUCGUGGUGAGUUCCGGCACCUCUUUUUCUAGAAAAAUAGCACUGCCUACACAAAUGAGGUGCUGUGCUCAUUAGGCCUAACAUUCAGCCAAGUCUGUGCAAAAUGUGUUUUUGUUAAUAAAGAGUUAACUCCAACUUUGAACGGUGUGAUUUCCUGCUAGCUCACUCUUUGACACUUACUGAUAUCAGCAAGAGGACUAAUGAUACCUUGUUAUGAUAGCCAGAAAUAGCAAGUAGUCUCAUGGCAUCUUGAAGAGUAUUCUGGCUGGCCAUACAUGGGCAACAGCCUACUUUUCCAGACGUGUGAAGAGGUCCAGAAAAAAUUGUGUGUGUAUAUACUACUAUGAAAAAUCAAUCUAGCACAAUGUAGCAAAGGAAAUGCAAGAAAUUAUAAAGUCAGAUGUAAAAAACAUUACAGACCAUUUACAGUGAUGAAGGUAGAUGCAGAAUCUAUUGACAGUCUUUCUGCAGAUCUAUUUGUCCUAAAUUUGAUUAAUUGGGUUGGGAGUUAUGGUUUUUUCCUUCAUCAAUUCUUCUUCCAUAUUUCUCAUUCUGUUUGGCUUUUUGUCAAACAUUCUCUCAGCUUUAUCAUUUGACCUUCCUAAGCUCCUCUAAAAAGGAUUGAUCUGGAAUCCUUAGGCCAAAGUUUAAUAGUUUCAGCAAAAAUGGUGGGGACAGAGUGAGCCACUGGAAACUCAUAGCUUGGUACCUUAAUUGGGUCUCCAAAAAGCAAGUGAAGCACUUUGUUUGAUUUUUGCCUAUAAACCAGCUUGAAGAUAAUGAAGAUCUUUAAGUACCGGUGGAAUAAUGUUCAUCAUGACAAACAACUUGGCAGCCAUCAGGGGUGCCAACUUGAAUAAAAUAUGGGGCCUUACCUGCCCCAUAUAAUCAAUCACAAGACACAGUGCAUGUACACCAUUUGAAUGGCAAGGCCCAUCAACUUGGGGGGGGCAGCCCCCUCAAAUAUUCUAUUGGGGGAGCCAAAGGGCCCCUAGGAGUUGGCUCCUAUGGCUGCCAUAUUCUAGAACCACUGAAAUUUCCCAACACUUUUCAGAGGUAGCCCCAUGUAUAACACAUUGUGGUAAUCUUGCCUGGAAGUUAUGAAUAACUGUGGGCAGGCCAUCUUAGACAUUCUAAACUUUGCACAAAUAAAACCUUUUAGAUGCUUUGGUCCUUGACAUACAUCUAUAACAAUACGAAACUGAUUUGAUUACAAAGAACUUUGACAUGCCCCUUAGAUGAUUGUGGACAAGUGUUUUUCCCUUACAUUAGCACCUGUGUGCGAUGAAAAGAAGAUAAGAGAGAGAGAGCACUUGAUGAAGUAUAAAGUAAAGCCAUUGCACGAUGGUUGCAACCUAUGGUUCAUUGAUUGGCAAGACACAAAGAAUGGUAUGUUUUAAGCCCCCUUCACCCCAUUAGCGUAAAACUUUCUGGCAUGUUUCAUCCAUCUGGUAAGUGUGAGUUAUAGAGGAAAACCCAGAAUUAUUCAUGAAACUGACUCCAUCUAGACUGCAACCAAAGGAAUCACUAUGGCAAUAUCUUGGUAUAGCCCAGUUUAUUCCUUUCCCUUUGUGUGUGAUUAUAUGCACUUGUGUAUAGGAGAAUACAGGCCUUUGGGCAACCUCAGUGCAAAGAGUGAAUGACAUUGUAAUUCCUUCCUCCUGUACAACUUUAGUGUUUGUGAGUCUAAUGCAACACAGGAUGAAAGAAACCUCUUGACCUCCAUCUCCACCCCACCAAAUCUAGCUCUUCUGAACAGGUCCAGCAGGUCAAUGAUGAACCCUCAGCAGUCUAACUCUCUAGAGAUUUUGCAUGGGGAAUGUGUAGGCCGAUUAUUGCAUCUCUUUAAUGUUUCUUCGUUCUUCAAAUCUAGCAUCCACAAAUCAGCUUUCCUGUUGUUAGCUAACAGCACAGCUGGUACCAGCCUGCAUAAGCCCAGAUGCCUGCAGGAUAGCAAUGUUUGCAGAGGGUGGGUAUUUUAACGGCAGCUCAGAUGGCAUCUUAUCAGAGAGUCAGGCCUGUGAACAAAGCAGUAAAUAUUGUCACACAGUUGGGUGUGGCAUUUGAAAUGCAUGGUGGAGACCCGGCAGACUUUCACAGCAUGCCAGCAGCAUAUCAGUGUUUUGGAUUGACUCAAGGUGUAAAAUGUUUGAGCAAAUGUUCAGUGGGUUUCAUGAGAGGGGACUGGAAUAUUUCUGAGAUGAUACAGCUAAAACGAUGCAUCCUCAGCAAAUAUUUGGAAGGUUUUUAUACUACUACUACUACUACUAAUAAUAAUAAUAAUAAUAACAACAACAACAACAACAACAGAGAGAGAGAGAGACAUUCCACAAAUGAGAAGUCAGGGUAGAAAAGGCUCAUUCUUGUGUUGCCACCCACCAGACCUCCUGUGGAGGAGGCACGCGAAAAUGGACCUCUGAUAAUUAUUGCAGGAUGUAGGUUGGGUCAUAUGGGGAGAGGUUAUCCUUGAAGUAUUGUGGUCCUGAGCCAUUUAAGCCUUUAUAGGUCAAAGCCAGCACUUGGAAUUGGGCCUGGAAAUUAAUUGGCAGCCAGUGCAGUUGGGCUAGGAUUGGUGUUAUAUGCGCAAAAUGUCUUAGCCCAGUGAUCAACCCAGUUGCUGAAUUUUGCACCAACUAAAGUUUCUGAACUGUCUUCAGAGGCAGACACAUUCUAGUAAUCUAACCUAGAGGUUAGCAGAGCAUAGACAACAGAGGUUUGGCUAUCCAUAUCCAGAUAGGAGCAUAGCUGGGCCACCAGCGAAAGCUGAUGGAAGGCAUUCCAUGACACCGAGGCCACCUGAGCUUUCAGCUACAGGAUGGGUCCAGAAGGACUCCCAAGCUGCAUACCUGCUCCUUCAGAGGGAGUGCAACCUCAUCAAGAGCAGGCAACCUCCCAUCUAUCCAAUCUAGAGAACCACCCACUAUAAGUGCCUGUCUUAUCUGGAUCGAGCUUCAAUUUAUUGGCUUUCAUCCAGUCCAUUCUUGAGGCAAGACAUCAGUCCAGCACACCCACUGCCACAGUUGCAGAUGUAAAGGAGAAGUAGAGGUUUGUGUCAUCAGCAUAUUGCUGACAACAUACUCCAAAACUUUGGGUGACCCCACUCAGCAGUUUCAUGUAGAUGUUAAACACCAUGGUGGUGCUGAUGGGGAUUCAAAUCCUGAGGAACCCCACAUUGAAGGUUCCACAGGGGUGAAAGCACUCCCCAAGCAUCACCCUAUGGAAACAAGAAUCUAAGUAGGACCAGAACCACCACAAAGCAGUCCCACCCACCCCUAACUCAGACAGCCACUACAGAAGUAUACCAUGGCUGAUGGUAUCAAAAGCUGCUGAAAGGUCAAGGAGAAUUAACAAGGACACCUUUGCCCUGUCUCCUGACAGAGAUCACAAUCCAGGGCAACCAAAGCAGUUUCUGUGCCAAAAUCAGGCCUAAAUCCCAACUGAAAUGGAUCGAGAAAAUCAGUUACCUCCAAGAGCACCCAUACUGAUAAUAAUAACCCAUAAUUAUGGUACACAUUGUUUAUGGUCUAAGAAAGCCUCUGUAUUUGGGUCCAACCUAAGGAUCUAGCCCAGAAAAGAAACUUUUGAAAUCAUUAGAAAAUGAUGCACAAGAAAGAAGUGCCUUGAUUAUCAACAUCAUAUGCAAGAGCUAUCACAUUCAGACUUCCUUAUUUAUCUAUUUAUCGAUCUAUCAAGCUAGAAAUGGUUCAAUUGCACCUAAUUAUUUAGCAUGGAAAAUGAAAUAUCAAGCAGAAUGUCACAGGGAGCCAGCCAACUCAUCAGCAGUUCAGUAACUGUCUGACCAUCUAAAGAGAAACACUUGAAGUAUGACUCAGCUGUUUAUGUGGGAUGAUAAUUUGCAUCCAGUCAUUUCUAAUGGAAUGUGGCAUCUCUUUUUCAUUCAUGGAUAUUCCAUUAGCAUGUUCCCAAGACAGGUAACCUGCUUACAAUUAAUUGCUGAAUUUCUACAAAUAAUUACUGCCUUAUGUUCUGGGUUUCUUAUGAAUUGACUGCAGAUAUCCAAAUUUUAACACUGCACUGCUUUGUUUACAAAUGGGAGUCAUAUCAUACAUAUACCAUUCUAUAACGUUGAUGCUAUGCACUGAUAUUUAUUUACUUGCUUACUUACUGACCUUAGAAAUGUUGUUUGCAUGUGAAAAUCCUUUGAGAAACGUAUAGGUUUUGUAUUUUUCCUCCUAUAAAUUCUUUAUUUAUUUUGCCUCACAUUCUUAGCACACAAGUACACACAGAGAGUUACAUAAAAUGCAACACAGCAAAAUCUGGUAGUUAUUAACUCUAUGAGAUUGAGUAGUUAAGUCAAGGUACUCAAAGUCCAAGAAUGAGCUCUGUUCAGCUCAAUUUGAAAUUGGCUUGGUAUUCAUAAGCUUUCUUGAUGAGUAUUGGGGGAAAGCUAAUCUCCUCUCUGAGGGUUCUGUACAAACAUGUAAUGUUGGCACACAUGACCAGCCCACCCAUGAGGCAAGGUGAGGCAGCUACCUCAGGUGGCAGGAUCCACGGGGGCAGCAGAUCAUGAACCCAAACAUCAUGAACCUUCUGCUUGCUUCUUUCACACAGAGAAACUUCCAGAAGCUUCCAGAACCCUCUUGAAUUAAUUAGAAUAGGAAAGAUCUCUACACCUCAGAUCAAUACUUUCUGCACUAAGAAAUGCAAACUGACACUGGGUUCUCCUGGGCUCUGCACCCAGCUGGUGUGAUUCAGAACAGGGGCCCUUCACUUCCACAACAGCCGUUGAUUUCCACUUCAACUGUUGGGUAAGGUUAAUUUGGUUCCCCACCUUGCUCCUAAUGUAGAUCUUCACUCUCCCCUUGUUCCUGAAUUAGAUCUUUACUCACCCUUUCUUCCCUGGUGGGGGUCGGACACCGCUUUGAGGUCUGGCCGGCACAUAAGCUAAUAGUGCUACACAUGUGCAUUAUUGCAUUGCUCCCUUGUGUUCUGUUUUGAGCAGCAGGCAGGGCUUGGCCUGGUUUCAGUAGCACCCUGGACAGCUCCAUGCAGAGACUCCAUAAGAGCAGGGCUCAAAUGUUGUUUCAGCACCAGGCAUCCUCAAGCUGAACCUGAGGAGCUGCAAUUCUGUCUCAGUAACUACCACUGCUUUCCAUACGAGAAAUCUCUUCAUCUAACAGGGCACAGCUCAGUUAGAGUCUUCAGAAUCAGAGGAGGGUAAUGCUUUGGGUUCAGUAUACACAUCUGGGGCUCACCCUGAGAGCAAUUUCACUCUGAAUCCUGACUUCACCCCUGAAGAAGAAGAAUCAUGACACUUAGGUACCUGGAGUAUUAUGUCCAUUUAUGUGUUACACAUAUACUAAAGUGUGCAACCAGGAUGGUGAGGGAGAAGCUUUAGGAAACAGUCAGCUCUUCUGCAAGAUGCUGCUUCACAAAAUGGCCGACACCCCAAAAAAGUCUGCCCAAAUUCCAAGCAGUGUUUUAUAACAACAAAAUGAAGCAUGAAGCACAAAGCCAAAGUGUGAGAGGAAGCAACUUCUCCCUUUCUUAGGCAGAGGCCCAACUGAAUCUCGUACCUCGUCUUGUCAGUCUUCGGCAAUGAAAGAGGAUUCAGCAUUUCUGUCUUAUGACUGUAACAUUCUAGAGCUGGAUUGUGCAGCAGACAGAAAAUCCUUGUACAAUCCAUGUGUUGCAAAAGGGCAGUUAGCAUUAAAUAUUUAAAAAGCAGCUGAUUUUCCAGCAUUAUUUAAAAGGAGUUGCAGUGCAAUCCUUACCAUGUCUCCUCGGAAGUAAGUCCAGUUGCAUUCAGUGGUGCUUACUCCUCUGUGAGUAGGGUUUGCUGACUGAAUAACCUGUUUUUUUGGAACAUGUACUCAGAAUGCAGUAUAUAUUCAGAGUGUAUAUAUUUCUGAGGCCCAUGCUAGGUUGCAUCACAAUCACCAAAAAUAUUAUUACUACUACUACUGCUGCUGCUGCUACUACUACUACUGCUACUACUACUAUACCCCAUCCAUCUGGCUGGAUUUCCACAGCCACUCUGGGCAGCUUACAGCAUAUAUUGAAACAUAAUAAAAUGUCAAACAUUUAAAAAUUCCCGAUACAGGGCUGCCUUCAGAUGUCUUCUAAAAGUUAAGUAGUUCUAUAUCUCACUGACAUCUGAAGGGAGGGUGGUCCACAGGGAGGGUGCCACUACUGAGAAGGCCCUCUGCCUUGUUCCCUGUAACCUGGUGUUUCUUGUCAUCUGAGUUGUCCAUUGAUUAUAUCUCUUUAAAUAUUACUUCAUCUGACUGUAAAUAAAGAGAGAUGUUUACUUCUGUGCAUCGUGAUUAGCUAGGAUUAUAUUCUAGUAUCAGUAAUGAGACACCAAAGCAGAGUUCCAGAGUCUAUUAGCUUUGCAACAAGGCAGCAUACAACAGUAUAAAUAUUUUGUGUUUUUGAUACAAUGGUGCUACCCUCUGUCUCUGUGCUGAAGGACAGGAGAGCUCUUGGACGUAUCUAUCAUUCCCAGGAUAGAAUACCCACAGUCUAGGGGAAUUUAUGGGAAGAGUCAUAGCCCAGAGGUAGACCAUCUGCUUGCAUGCGUCAGUCCCUGGCAUUCCAGGCAGGGAAAGAUAACCCUAGAGAGCCCUUUCCAUUCAGUGUAUACAGUAUUAUACAAGAUGGAUGGUUAGUCUGAUUCAAUAAAAGGUAGCUGCUUUUAGAAAUGGCGAAACUGACAGAGAAGAUCAGGAACCAGGAAGAUCAAGUAUUUUUUAAAAGACUGGAGUAAAUUCUUAAUUUAUUUAAAAGACCACUGUAAACAGUUAAAAUCAUGGGCAGGGAUGUAAUGACACUAGUAAUGUGGAACUAAUUAUGCUAACUAUGGCUAUGUAACAGAUGCAUAAUGGUAAAAGAUGCAGAAACCCUUAUUUUAAAUAUGGAACCCAUGGAAGGAAGGGAAGGAGGUUCGAUGGUCCAAAAGAACCUUUUAUUUUAAUGUUUGAAAUGGUCAAAGUUAAUAUGUAUAAAAUUAUGUAAAACCAAUAAAAAAUGUUAUUAAAAAAAUGAACACCCCCCCCCAAAAGGUAGCUGCUUUUGACCAUUAAAAACAGUGGUGCAGUUUCAUGCCUCGCAACUGUGUCUACAUUCCUGAUUUCUUAGAAAAAGCUAGCAAAGAAAAUAUUUGCCAAUCUUGAUUUUUUUUUAUUUUGGGGGGAAAUGAAAAGAAAACAAAUGAUCCAAUCAUGCACAGUUUUGCAUAUAAAUUGAAUCAUAGCAGUAUCGUGACGAAGGGAAUAAAGAUGAGAUUUGGUUUCUGCUGCUGUGGUGGUUAGCACAUUUGCUGAGAAGAAUCACUGCUUUGCUGAAUAUUUUAAAAGUAAAAAUAAAACCACGAGCAUCUCAAAACAUGUACUAGCCAUUCCCCUGACAUAUAUACAUAUUGUUACAAAAGUUGGGUGCCACCUCCAUUCUCUGCCAAGCGAUAGCAAGAUCCCAGGGGGUUCCAGGGUUUAGGUUCCUUCAGAGAAAUGGGACAUGGCAGAGACUGUUGUAGCUUUAAUAAAUAUGGUUUAUUCACCUGUUUAUGCCUUCAGUCUGCAUGGAGGGAGUCCAGAUCUCAUAGUAUGAACAUUUCAAGAGGGGCUUGCCCUCCACAGCAGGGCAGCCAUGGAGUCCCAGCCAUAUCUCCCAGAUAGUCUUCACACAGCCUGCCCAAGUUGGAUCCCAGUCUUUCUUCCUCCCCCUUCUCCCCAGCAAGACUCCUUUUCCCAGUCACCUCACACCCAGUUACCCUGGCAACCUUCCCAAUCCCCAGUCUCUGUUCACAUCUCAGGGCAAAGGGGAAGGGCACUUCUCUUGCAUUGCCAAUGGCUCUCAAGGGCCCUGUAUUGUUUCUUAAUGGCCCUUCCUUGGCCAGGUCGUUUUACGUAGGCUAGCUCAAGAAUUCCUCUGCAGCUUGUAUUCUAUCUUCAUAUUCCAAAUAAGCAAAAUCCUGCUGUUUAUUGAUUUCUAGGGUUUAGGGCUGCCCGCCCCCAUCAAAUCUAUAACAAUAUGAAAAGGAAAGAUGCUGCAGUGUCCAACCUCGGUAGACCUGCUUGCUGCUGCCCACAUCAUUUAUAGCCUGCCCAUCUGUCUGGGUUUCCCUAGCCACUCUGGGUGGUUCCCAACAGAUUAAAAACAGAAUAAAACAUCAAAUAUUAAAAACUUCCCUAAACAGGGCUGCCUUCAGAUGUCUUCUAAAAGUCAGAUAGUUAUUUAUUUCCUUGACAUCUGAUGGGAGGGGGUUCCACAGGGCAGGCGCCACUACCAAGAAGGCCAUCUGCCUGGUUCCCUGUAAUUUUGCUUCUUGCAGUGAGGGAACCACCAGAAGGCCCUUGGAGCUGAACCUCAGUGUCCAGGCUGGACAAUGGGGGUAGAGACACUCCUUCAGGUAUACUGGGCCAAGGCCGUUUAGGGCUUUAAAGGUCAGCACCAACACUUUGAAUUGUGCUCGGAAAUGUACUGGGAGUCAAUCUAGGUCUUUCAGGACCGGUGUUAUGUGGUCUCGGUGGCCACUCCCAGUCACCAGUCUAGCUGCCGCAUUUUGGAUUAGUUGCAGUUUCUGGUUCACCUUCAAAGGUAGCCACGUAGAGCACGUUGCAGUAGUCCAAGCAGGAGAUAACUAGAGCAUGCACCACUCUGGCGAGACAGUCUGCGGGCAGGUAGGGUUCUUUUAAAAUGAGAUUCAGAAGUCAUACAAAACACAAGUGCGUGAGAAGAUUAAAAAAACAGCAAGCAAUAUACACACACCAAGCUAGCUCUUCAAACUGCCACUUGGAAGCCCUCAAGAAGCAGCGAAGUGACUUCCCCCAGGUAGCCUCAGUUUGCACAGCCCCAUGACCAAUCGAUCCGUGCACAAGCUUCUCCCUAACUCUGCCCAAAACUAUCCAAUUUAAACAUAGCUAGCCUAUGUGGCUUGCCCAAAUGACUACAUGAAGCUCAUUCAUUAGUGGCUAUGUGCAGAUUAUUCAUUAUUGGCUACGUACAGAUUAUUCAUUAGUAGCUAUGUGCAGAUCAUUCACCUCCUCCCAAUGCCUCACUUUCUCAAAACAAUGUCCAACAUCAAAGAAGGUACCUAGCACUACCCCUUCCUUCCAGCUAAUUAGGGCAUUAAAGGCUGUUCUCAUGUCAUCGAAGAACUUAACAAGAGAUAAGAAGGGGAAGGAACAGAGGCAGUACCGGCAACCAUGUCAGAUCACUAACUCCUCAAAAUACAAUUUAUCUUCCAGAUAGAUUGCCCAUAAAAUGCCCUCCAGUGGACCACAGCUCCCAUUAUCCCUGACCAUUGAUCAUGUUGCCUGGGACUGAUGGGAGCUAGAGAGCAACAGCAUAUGGAGAGUAUCAUGUUGUCUGCCCAUGCUUUAUAGCUUAGCUUUGUUGCCAGACUGUUGGAGAAACUGCUUUUCUCCAGAAGUGGACAUGCAUCCAAUCCUGGUAAGCCUGGCUCAUAGCCAAACAGAGGGUGUUUAAGUUAUUGCAAGGCCACUUUAUUUCCAAACUGAAAGUGCAGUAGACAGCCCCAAACACAUCAAGGGUGCAUGGAAGUAAACAGAACCUUCCUAGGAGAUGGAUUAGAAAUCCACUGGUAAAUCCAGAGGCUCUUUAAACACAGCCAUUCACCCUGGAGCUUACUCCCCAUUCGUUGCUGCCACUUUUGGAGAAACAAAAGGAACAUCACAAGCAGAUUUUUCAGGCCAAGGAAGUUAAGGUUGCAAUGCGCACUUAACCUGGGAAGAAAGCCCAUUGAACUCGAGGGGCCUUACUUCUGAGUAGGCAUCUUUAGGAGUGCACUCCUCAGAUAUCAUGCGACAAUUACAGUUGUACCUCGGAAGUUGAACAGAAUCCGUUCCGGAAGUCAGUUCGACUUCCAAAACAUUCGGAAACCAAGACGCAGCUUCCAAUUAGCUGAAGGAAGCUCCUGCAGCCAAUCAGAACCAGCGUCCGACGUUCGGAUUCCAAAGAACGAUUGCAAACCGGAACACUCACUUCCGGGUUUGUGGCGUUUGGGAGUCAAAACGUUCGACUCGCAAGGUGUUCGGGAUCCAAGGUACAACUGUACAAUGAAUAGUUGUCUGAAGCCAUCGAUUUGUGAAAGAGGCACAGCUGAACAUGAACACCACUUCCAUGAACUCCCACCUCCCAUCCCUCCCCAAAAAAUCUUAUUUUACUCAUGUUUCUAUGCUUCUACCUGUAGAUUCUAUAUGCACACCCACACAAUCCCCCCACCUCACCUCUCAUAUACCAGAAUAACAAUGAAAGAAAAAGACUCUGUAUGAAUCAGCUUGUUUUAUAGUUCUCCUGCCGCCUGGUAAUAAAGCAAGGCAAAGAUUGUUAACGUAACAAUUAGUUUCAAGCAGUUAGCUUGCAGUUGGAUUUUCCCUUGGCGGGAGUGUCAUGGGGGAAUGGGGAAUUAAGGUUCUCUGUUAGAAAGGAGAAGGCUGUCGAGGGGGAAGUACAGGCUGCAAUUUUCAAAUUGUUUGCUUCCAAGUUGACAUGCUUGCUCGAUUCAGGCAUCACACUAAGCCAUAGUUUGUGCUAACAAUUGUUUAGAACUGAAGCCUAUACCUACCCAGACCUACAGCCACGUGCUUCUCUGAGUUCCGUCGCCAAAUGAUGAUGGGUGGCUAUGAGAAACAGAGUGUUUUCUUGGUGGUAGCACCCCAACUGUAGAACGCCCUCCCCAAAGCAGCACGCCUGACCCCCAUGUGGAUUUCAGUGGGUUUAAGGUCUUUCUGCCCUGCUGUCGUCUCUAUGGUAGGUAUUUAUUCCCGUGCUGUUUUACUCUGGUUAUUGAGCAUGUGUUGUUUGUAUUUCUGGUUUAAAAUAGCUUUACAGUGGUACCUCGGGUUAAGUACUUAAUUCGUUCCAGAGGUCCGUUCUUAACCUGAAACUAUUCUUAACCUGAAGCACCACUUUAGCUAAUGGGGCCUCCUGCUGCCGCCAUGCCGCUGGAGCAUGAUUUCUGUUCUCAUCCUGAAGCAAAGUUCUUAACCUGAAGCACUAUUUCUGGGUUAGCGGAGUCUGUAACCUGAAGCGUAUGUAACCCGAGGUACCACUUUAUUGUGAAUCACCAGAGAGCCUGACAGGAAAUAGUUUGCUCGGCAGAGCUGGGGUGGGGUUAGGGAUGUUCUGACACCGACCUCGCUGUUGGCCAGGUCGGUGGGCUUUGUUGCCCCCUGGCCUGGGGGAGGCAGGUAAGAUCCUCCCCCUAUUGUGUGGGCAGGAUGGUCCCUCCCCCUACCUGGCCUGAUCACCUUGGCAACGCCUCCCCAGCCGGGAUUUGGCAGCUGGCUGAAGUAGGCGGAGACCUCCAGGUAUCCCACCUGGGGAAGGUGAAGCCAAGCCUGUUUUAAUGGUGCUGCAUAGGGUCCAGGGGGCUGCGCACGACCACGCAAAGGGCGCCCCCAUUUAAUGUGUGGGGAGCUGUCAUUGCUGAGAUGUACUGAGUGCCAACCAGCUAGAGGGCUUUGCAGCUUGCAAGCCACCGGCUAAAGUGAGGUAUCACCUCGCACUUUAUAAUGACACAGAAAGGACACUGCCUGCACCUGCAGUUCAGUCCUUGGCGCAUGAAGGUAACGAGAUGAGGUUGGCAGCAAAAGGACGAACAACUGCUCAGAGUUUUGUCCCGUGAACCUGCAUUGCAGCAAGCUAGUGGCAUUGGUAGAGGCGUCAGAGUCCCGACUCCAUUUGAGGCCACAGCGCACCAGGGAUCACGCCAGGCAACGGGCGAGAGACCACUCCGGUGGCAGAAACAGCAGCUCUUCUCAGGAUUCCUCUUUUUCUCUGAGAACUCAGAGCUCUCGAGCCAGAGCCCCGCAGAUGACAAGCAGAAAGGCGCAAAGUGCUUUGUCACCCAGAGAGAUCAAUUUUUACACCGUUCUCCAGGAAUCUGCAAUGGUGUCUGGUUCCCCUCUGUGCUUACCGCAGUGGAUGUCAAACGCAGCGUUUGUCUUACUCAUGCUUGCCUUGAAAUGCAGCCCGGCUCUCCGAGAGAGGCCUCCCUGUAGCAUUGUAGCCAUGAUGAUGCUGAUUUGUGCCCGCAUGCUGUUUCCUCGGUGGUCUUGUCAAAUCCUCUGCCUCAUCAGGCUAGCUCCGUAUAAGGCAGGAUGAAUUCAGAGCUUGGCAUCCUCAGUGCCACCCUGUGGUCAGUCAGCAAGACUUAAAAAGCCUUGUGACUAAGGCCAUUUUUUUAAAUUUUUAUUUUUUUGCUUUCGAGUAUGGCUGCUGGCUCUGAGUCAUUCCUCCCCCUUUGGCCCCCACUGCUUUUUUAAUAUGUUGCUGUGGAGUCACUUUUAUUAACAUUGCUCUUGGCCUGGGGCCAAUGUGCCUCUAAUUCCUAAUGACAAGAGUCUAAUGUGGCUCCACUGAAGGUUACUUUGGAUUCCUAGCCAUGUAAAUAAGAACAAAUGUAGCCCACGGAGCAUUUGUGUGCAGUCCAACCUGCCCUUUUCAUGGGGGGGGGGCACUUCUGUAUAGGCUUAUAGAGAAAUGUAAUGCUUGUUUUUCCGCCGCUCUUAAUGAGUGCUCCUUUUAACGAUUGCAUUUUGUGGUUUUAGUAUUCUGUAUUGGGUUCCGGUUUCUUUUGUAAGCUGCUUUGAGUAUUUGUUUUAAUUGAAGACUAGGGUAGAAGCUGUGGGCAUCCGUCUGUCUCGGGAGAUAAUAGAAGGGGGGACCUUGGGGGCUGGUCCAACUCUUGGACGGUUAUAAUGCCUGUUGUGGCUGUAGAGACCGAUACAGGAGGGGUUGUUGUUGUUGUUUAGUCAUUUAGUCGUGUCCGACUCUUCAUGACCCCAUGGACCAGAGCAUGCCAGGCACUCCUGUCUUCCACUGCCUCCCGCAGUUUGGUCAAACUCAUGCUGGUAGCUUCGAGAACACUGUCCAACCAUCUCGUCCUCUGUCGUCCCCUUCUCCUUGUGCCCUCCAUCUUUCCCAACAUCAGGGUCUUUUCCAGGGAGUCUUCUCUUCUCAUGAGGUGGCCAAAGUAUUGGAGCCUCAGCUUCAGGAUUUGUCCUUCCAGUGAGCACUCAUGGCUGAUUUCCUUAAGAAGAGGUUUGAUCUUCUUGCAGUCCAUAGGACUCUCAAGAGUCUCCUCCAGCACCAUAAUUCAAAAGCAUCAAUUCUUCAGCUAUCAGCCGAACAGGAGAGGUGGGAGGAUUAAAAUAAUAAACAAUGAUUUGGAGGCACAGUUCAUUUCUUGAGGAAAGGGACUUCUGGUGAGUGCUGUCCUCUGUCCAUGGUCCCUAGCAGACUGCCCUGGCAACAGCCACAACAACGGCAUUCCACAGGGUGGGCAUCACUACCGAGAAGGCCCUCUGCCUGGAUCCCUGUAACCUCACUUCUAGCAAUGAGGGAACCGCCAGAAGGCCCUCGGUGCUGGACCUCAGUGUCUGGACUGAUCAAUGAAGGUGGAGAUUUCAGGGUGGUAAACAUAGGCAUUUCAGAUGAAAAUAAAAAUAAUUUAUUAUUUAUACCCCGCCCAUCUGGCUGGAUUUCCCCAGCCACUCUGGGAGGUUCCCAACAGAUUAAAAACAGAAUAAAAGACCAAAUAUUAAAAACUUCCCUAAACAGGGCUGCCUUCAGAUGUCUUCUAAAAGUCAGAUAGUUGUUUAUUUCCUUGACAUCUGAUGGGAGGGUGUUCCACAAGGCAGGCGCCACUACCGAGAAGUCCCUCUGCCUGGUUCCCUGUAACCUUACUUCUUGCAAGGAGGGAACUGCCAGAAGGCCCUUGGAGCUGGACCUCAGUGUCCAGGCUGAAUGAUGGGGGUGGACACUCUCCUUCAGGUAUACUGGGCCGAGGCCAUUUAAGGCUUUAAAGGUCAGCACCAAUGCUUUGAACUGUGCUCGGAAACAUACCGGGAGCCAAUGUAGGUCUCUCAGGACCGGUGUUAUAUGGUCUCGGCGGCCACUCCCAUUCACCAGUGCCACUGCCACAUUCUGGAUUAGCUGUAGUUUCCGGGUCACCUUCAAAGGUAGCCCCACCUUCGGGGCUAUGAGGAGGACAGGGGUCCUGUGUUGGUAGCUGCAUACAUUUCAGUAGGUUUAGCUUUUGCAGGAGAGAAUUUCCACUUCUAAGAUGGCUGUUGCAGCCCUCUUGCUGGGCUAGAACUCCAACCACUCCCAACCAUUGGCUAUGCUGCCUGGGACAUAGACUUAAAAUCAAGCAACAUCUGGGAAUCCACAGAUUCCACCCACCCCUGCAUUAAUGGUAUAGGAAGCUCUUCCUUCUCUCAUCUAAUCACCUGAAUUGGUUUUAGGGGUAGAGUGUUAGAUAUUUGAGAUCCCAAGAGAGGGAGGCUACUACGAUUACAACUAAGAUUGCUACAUCAACAUCAGCUGUCACUCAGAUUGAUUGAUUUGCAAUGUUCACAUUGCUAGAGAUAUACUCUAUAUCCUACAAUAUUAAACAAAGUCAGAAACUUCAGCUAGUGCAGAAUUCAGCGGCCAGGUUGCUCACCAGAGCAAGACGGUUUGAGCAUAUUACACCGAUCCUGGUUCAACUGCACUGGCUACCAAUUAGUUUCCUGGCCCAAUUCAAAGUACUGGUUUUGACCUAUAAGACCUUAAACAGGUCACGACCGCAAUACCUCAAGGACCGCCUCUUUCCAUAUGAACCUACCUGGACCCUGAGAUCAUCUUCUGAGGUCCUUCUUUGUGUGCCUCCUCCUCAAGAAGUCCAGUGGAUGGUAACAUGAGAACGGGCCUUCUCUGCAGUGGCCCCCAUCUGUGGAAUGCUCUCCUCGGGGAAGUUCACCUGGCACCUUCGUUAUACACCUUUAGGCGCCAGGCAAAAAUGUUCCUUUUUAACCAGGCCUUGAUCCGAUUUACAUCACUUCUUAAAAUGUGGCUCUUUUCUGGGGGGUGGGGGUGGGGAGAGUGUUAUUGGGUUGUUGUUUUUAUUUUGAUUAUAUAUAUUGUGGUUUUUAUGUUGAUCUUUUCUGUGUAUCUGAGACCUCCGGUUAUAGGCCGGUAUGUAAAUUUAAUAAAUAAUGAAAAUAAAAAUAAGUCCCAAACAACUUGGUUUUGGCACAGCUGUUGUUUAUUUGCUACAUUUGUAAGUUUCAUGACUAGACAGAGAUCUGAUUCCAGCAUUUGGUGAUUCCAGUUCAUUGCUCUACCCCAGGCAUAGGCAAACUCGGUCUUCCAGAUAUUUUGGGACUACAACUCUCAUCAUCCCUAGCUAACAGGGCCAGUGGUCAGGGACGAUGGGAUUUGUAGCCUGAAAACAUCUGGAGGGCCGAGUUUGCCUAUGCCUGCUCUACCCACUACACCAGACUGCCUUUUGUUUUUUCUGUGGGAUUCCUCUUUCGGAGCUGCUUGAAUCAUUUUCUUAUGUUUCAGCUCCUGAACCUUUCAGUGAAUAUAAAGGUGGCCAGGGAAAGAGAGUGAGGGGAGAAAUAGUAACCCCAAGCUGCUAUUUGAUAAGAUUGAAGUGAAAUGUAUCUUGAAACAUUCUCUCACUCCCACUGCUGCAUUUCAUAUCGCAGAACACAUGCACUCCCAAGUUCACACUGCUCACAUUGAAGGAAAACGCAUGAAAAUACAGUAUUUCUCAAGAAAGUGCAGGUUGAUUGUGUAUUGCAGGUUGUGUAUUGCAGGCAAUGCAUUCCGUACGAUGUUUCUCUGAUGAAAAUAGGGACGUCCCAUUCCAUAACGAUAAUUUUACUUUUUUUAAUAGAAUUAUGUAUUUGUUUUUUUAAAUUAAAAAUUUACAGAGCUAUAUCAAACAUAAAUCAUAAAAACAAGAUUCCAAGGAAUCUCAUGGACUUCCCUCUUCCCCUUUGUGAGUCCUAUUGUUAGUCAUUUCCUCCUGCAUCUUUUGUAAUAAUCCAAGUCUUUUACAUCCCCAUUGUGUCCAGAAUUCACCCUGAAACCACAAGUGAUAUUCCAAUCCUGCUAACGAUUUUAACUGUUUACAACGGUCUUUAAGAUAAGUUAUACAUUUUCCCCAUUCCUCAUUAAAAUGUUGGUCUUCCUGAUUUCUGAUUCUCAUGAUGAUAAUUUUACUAUUUAUACACCACACAUCUAACUGGGUAUCCCCAACUGCUCUGGGCAGCUUGCAACAUUUAUAAAAACAUAAUAAAACAUUAAACAUUAAAAAAAAAAAAAACUUCCCUAUACAGGGCUGCCUUCAGAUGUCUUUUAAAGGUUACUUAUCUCCUUGGCUCAGGGGUCACAAAACUCCAUACCCUCCAACAUUUCUCCAAUGAAAAUAUGGAUGUCCUAAGAGAAAGCAGGACAUUCUGGGAUCAGAUCAGAAACCAGGGUAGAUUCUGUGAAUCCAGGACUGUCUCUGGAAAACAGGGACACUUAGAAGGGUCUGGCAAUGGCAUUUGUAAAUGGCUUCACAAACCAUCAGCAGGAGUGCAGAAUAACAGGAGCCUGUACCCAGACUGUAAUCUAAUCUUACAGAUUUGACAAACAUGCUACAAAAAUGCCUUCUGCUGAAUCAAACCUCUGAUCUGUUUCGCUCAGAACUGUCUGCAGCUAUCCCAGGUUGUCAGGCCAAAGCCUCUCUCAGCCUUGACACCUUUUGACUAAAAGUAUCAGGGAUUUGGGAAAAUAUGAGCCCUGUAUAUGAUCUGUGAUCCCUUUCUACAAUCACAGGAAUGAAUGAAUGGACAGUGAAUCUGCAUGUAGCUAUAGAAGGGAUCUAAGUGUUCUCUGAGUCAGUACAUGGAGAGAAGCAGUUCUGGGAAACACCAAGAGAGGAUAUAAACCCAGAGCAGAAGCCAUUUUGAAUUCAGUUGUAGCAAAGGUAUCACAUUUAUUCAUUUCCAUCCUUCAGUCCCUUGUGUUGUCAUUUUACAAAGUUUGCAGCAGCAAACAGGGGAACUCGGGGAGCUCUGUGGACAAUCACUUUGUGAAAUAAGAUCCAAUAUAUAUAUAGGUUUUACAUAAAUUUAUACAUUAUAACUUUAACCGUUUCAAAACAUUAAAAUAAAAAGGUUCUUUCAAACCUUUGGAACUCCUCACCUCCCUCCAUUUCCAAAGAAAAUAAAUUCUUUUUUCUUUCUCUGCGUCUUUUACUGUUAUCUAUCUGUUAUAUGGGACGUGGGUGGCGCUGUGGGUUAAACCACUGAGCCUAGGACUUGCCAAUCAGAAGGUCGGCGGUUCGAAUCCCCACAACGGGGUGAGAUCCCAUUCCUUGGUCCCUGGUCCUGCCAACCUAGCGGUUUGAAAGCACAUCAAAGUGCAAGUAGAUAGACAGGUGCCGCUCCGGUGGGAAGGUAAACGGCGUUUCCAUGCGCUGCUCUGGUUUGCCAGAAGGGGCUUAGUCACUGUAUGCUGGCUCCCUCGGCCAAUAAAGCGAGAUGAGCGCCGCAACCCCAGAGUCGGUCACGACUGGACCUAAUGGUCAGGGGUCCCUUUACCUUUACCUUUAUCUGUUAUAUAUUCAUAAUUUCCAAAGUUCAUUUCACAUUACAAGUGUCACCGUAUCCCUGCCAAUGAUUUUAACUAAUGGAAUCCAUUAUCCAGCCUAUGAUGGUGGAAGACAAGAUCAGCCCAUCUUGUGCCAUUUUCCGUAGUUCUGUAUCAGCACCCAUACCAAAACGCAGCAGCAAAACAAACCUAAAGAAGGAAAUCAAUAAAACCUUCUGCAGAGGGGAAGGGCUUGAUCCUUGGAUAGAAACAGUCUGAGCAGAAAGGAUUUUGCUUGCUGCAUCUUUCCAUUAAUCUGCUGCUCACGCGACAUACUGAUGCUCUAGAAGCCUUCUGAUUGGUCACGGGGAGACAGAGGGGGGUGCAAGUUCAAUGCCUAUAUUAGUACAAGAUAAAUCCUCCCCUGCCAAGCUAUGAUUUAAUCGCUGGAAACACAAAGGUUGUGUGUUUGCGUGUUGGUUUGUGUUGAGUACUCUGAGGGGUGGAAACGAAAUUUGGUGUUCACGUUCUUCUAUCCUGGCUUCCCAAAACAGGCAUGUACAACCACUUUAACAUCCUUGAAAUAUCAAUGACUUCCCUGCUUCUCUUUCCAUGGUUCAUUUUGCAUAUCAUAGAUUCCUGCAUAUUUUAUAAAAACCUAAAUCAUUUAAUAAUAAUAAUAAUAAUAAUAAUAAUAAUAAUAAUUUUUAUUUAUACCCAGCCCGUCUGGCUGGGUUUCCCCAGCCACUCUGGGCAGCUUCCAACAAAAGAUUAAAAAUACAUUAAAGCAUCAGUCAUUAAAAACUUCCCUAAACAGGGUUGUUUAAUAUUCAACAUUCCAUUAAUAUAUCCAUCAAAUGUUAUUUACACUGUUGAAUUUAUCUUAGUGCUGCCAGUGUUUUCAGGUGUACACAAUUUCUCCCCAUAUAUUCAAUAGACGUUUUCCAGUCUUCUCUAAACAAAUGUUCUUCUUGUUCUCUAAUUCUAUAUGUUAAAUCUGCAAGCUGCGCAUAUUCCAUCAGCUUAAGUUGCCAUUCUUCUUUAGUUGGGACCUCGCUCAUUUUGCAUUUUGGGGCUAACAAAACACGGGUGUGUGGUUCUUGGGGCUUCGUCGUAUUAACAUUGCUGAGCAGGAUGCGUGCCGUAGCUGAGGACCAGAAGUCGGGGAGUGAAUCGGCACCGUGCUUUGGAAACGAGCAAAUAAGAAUUAUGCGUCUGUGGGGUUCUGUUGAACAUUCCUGUGGCUAAUAUAAUUUGUUAGUCAGCCUACAAAUGUCAAACGCUAUCAAAUGUGUAUGAAUAGCAAAGCUACGGGUUUUUAUGCAGUCGUCGGCCUCGGCUCCGAAACAUUAUUGCAGGAGCAAUUUGACCUCCAAUUAACGGAUUGGCGUGAAUGCUUAUAUGAUUUUGCCUUUCAAGUGGAUGAAUAUGCCUGCCAAAAGGGAUGGUGGCAAGCCUAAAUCAUAUCAUUUGUACCUUUUCUUUAACGAGUCGCACCUGGAGAACCAGGGAUUUUAUUUCCAACGUCAAGCCGUUGCUGUCUAAUGAUCACGUUGGGAACCAUUGACGUUGGUGAAUGUUUGCUUACUUUGCCUGGGCCAACAACUAAUGGAAUGAGCAAAUACAGUGCUCCCCACCCCCGGAUUUGAACUAUAAAAUGGUGGUUUUCUUGAGUAAAAAUGAGAGUACCCCUAAACAUUUUUUUAAGAAAAAAAAGCACUGGGCAAAUGUGUUGACUAUCUAGGGUUCUGAGGCUCUUGGGACCAUUCCAGUCAGAUGUCAAGGGGUGGAAAUGAUAAGGAAGACACAGCACAGAGCUAAAAUCAAAGAACUUCCCCUUUCCCCCCUUCCAGAUGUGUGAUACAUAGGCAAAUUUAUGCAGUCUACACCAACUGAUUCAUACCACUUUCAAGAGUCAUGGCUUUCACCCAAAGGAUCAUGGGAACUGUAGUCAGUGGUAGAGGAAGCCUCUCUGGCACCCGGUGCGGGGCGCCAAGGGGAGGAGGAAACCACCUGGCGGCACACGUGCGAUGCCCAUACAGAUGGCACACAUGCGGCAGGCCAUACCCUCGGCUGCUCUACAGCUGGGGGAGGAGGUGUGAGCCAUCUUUUCAACCCUCCCCAGGGUGGCAUCCGGGGCAGACCGCCCCCCGCCCCUCCCUUUCAUACGCCCCUGACUGUAGUUUGUUAAAGGUGCUGAAAGUCAUUAAAAGGUAAAGGUAAAGGGACCAUUAGGUCCAGUCAUGACCGACUCUGGGGUCGCAGCGCUCAUCUCGCUUUAUUGGCCAAGGGAGCCUGUGUACAGUUUCCGGGUCAUGUGGCCAGCAUGACUAAGCCACUUCUGGCAAACCAGAGCGGUGCACGGAAAUGCCGUUUACCUUUCUGCCAGAGUGAUACCUAUUUAUCUACUUGCACUUUGACGUGAUUUCGAACUAGGUUGGCAGGAGCAGGGACCGAGCAACGGGAGCUCACCCCAUCGCGGGGAUUCGAACCGCCAACCUUCUGAUCAGCAAGUCCUAGGCUCUGUGGUUUAACCCACAGCUCCACCCGCGUCUCCUUAUUACCCUUACAGAGCAACAGUUCUCAGUACAGUUUAGCAAGCCAAUUGCUGUUCCUGGGCAACUCUGAGAAAUGGGGAGGGGUAGGAGGUCUCACAACCCUCAGCGCCCUUAGCAAACUACAGUUCCCAAGAUCCUUUGGGCGAAGCCAUAACUAUUUAAGGUGGCAUGACGCUGCUCAAAAUGUACAGUGCAGAUGGAGCCUAAUGCUAAAACAAUUUAAUAACUUAUAGUGCAAUCCUAACUAUGUCAGCUCUCUUGAAGUCAACAGGGCUUAUUCCCAGCUAAGUGGGGUUAGAAAUGGUAGCCUGAGAUUGUUUCAAAUGCCUAACUCCUAAUUUUAAAGGAGUAUUUGAGAGAGUUCAGUUAAAUACAAGAGGGAAGCCUCUGGAAAGAGAGUAAAAAUGACCACCUCAAGCUACAACUGCUCAGCAAUGAUAAGAAGUGUAUUACCAAAUAUUCCUUUGCACACUCAGGACUGUUUAUAUUCAGUGCUAAAUGCAAGUCCUCUGCUUUCUGGUGAUCCACUUCAAGUCAGGUGGGUAGACUACCAAACCAAUGUGAUCCCAUGCCACAUCUGGAGGGGGGGUUGGUUUUUGCAUUUUGGUUAAAUGGGAAAAAUACUUUAGGGUAAUAUCACAGAAUUGCAGAAGUUGAGAGUUGGAAGGGAUCCAAGGGUUAUCAAGUCCAACCCCCUGCAAUGCAGGAAUCUCAGCACAUGGUCUCCCAUCCAAUUUGAAACCAUACGAGACCCUGCUUAGCUUUGCAAGUGUGCUAGUAGUUUUAUUGCGGCACCUCUAGGAGGGGUUAACAAAAAGGGGAAAUCCUCAGAUGCCAAGAACCAAGUUAGAAAACUCCAGCAGAGAUUAUGUUAAAAUCACAAAAUAUUCAGCAAAGUAAAGUGUGAUUUACCAUUAAAUCUUUAAAAUAUCCUCUUCUAAGUUGCUCCCAAUUUUCCCCAGUUCCCCAGUAAAGAGAGACAACCCGUUUAGUAUUUUUUUAUUUUUUAAAAAAGUUUACUUACAAAUUCUUCAAAGGUCAGAAUCAUGUGCUUUUCCAUACAGCAGUAAGAAAAGACAGGCAGUAGAACUUAGGUUCUAAAACAAUAAAUGUUUCUAAAUUAUUUGAAACACAAAGAUGGCUUGCGUAAAGCCGCAGAGUCUAAGCUUGGAGCCUCCAGAUUACACCUCCUUACUGGUGGGAUUCACAUGGUGGAAGUAGGAGAACAAAGAGUUUGGUAACCCUUCCUUGCCCAAGGAGAGGAGGUGUGACCUAGCUAACCCUGGCAGGACAACUUAGUCUAUGGUCUUAACCCCUUCAUGCAUGAAUUAAGCAUGCUGAUUAAAUGAAGCUGGAUUUAUCCCACAGAGGGCACCACUGUGUUACCCCUGCACUCAAGAAUGGACACACACUUGUGUGGGUCAGCCAACGAUUACUCAAUUGGUUGCGGUGGGGGGACGGGACGAUUGCAGGAUUUAGGAAAAGCUUUGGGGGAAGGCUCUGCAGGCUGACUUUGUCUGCACAUCAGCUCUGUGAAAGGUCUGGCAUGUGAUCUCGCCUUCCAGAGGGAUUCAGGGAGCUGCUUCUCACAGUUCACGGAGAACGUCCAUGUGACAGGCCUCUGUGCAGGCGGCAUGAGGGGGUGGAAGCUGCCUGUUCCCUCCUCCCUCCCUCCCCUUUAGUGCUUACUCAUUUGCCUCGGGGCUUGCCACAGAGCUGCUCAGAUCCUGCUUAUUAGUCAUGACCGUACGCCGCUACAUUCGGUCGGCUUCGUAAGAUGACAAGGCUCAAUUAAAACACAGUCAUAUCUGGUGGCUGAAGGGAGAUGGCGAGGGCAGAGUGUGCGUUCCAUGCACGCAUUAUGCACAGCAGUUAACAUGGAGGGGUGGGUGGGGACUUGCAUGGCUGUUUACCAUUCCUAAGCUACACACACACACACACACACAAGGAGUUAGGCAGUAUUAGCACACAUGUGAGGGUAUGCAUCAGAUGUUAGUGGAAAGCCUCCUCUGUGUGUGCAUGUGUGCAUCUUUGCACAUGUGUGUGUUUGCACACAUGUAUAUGCACAAGCAUGUGUGUGUUCAUAUGCAAGGCUGUGUGCAUGUUUUCUCCUGGUGAAUUUGUUUUAUUUAUUUAUUUAUUUAUUUUAUUUGCAUGCUAGAUCAGAUACUUCCACUUACAACAGCUCCUUCUGCCUACAUCAUAAUAUUAGUGGCUCUGCUGCUCAGAAAACGUAAAGGGCGGUGGCGAUUUCUUCCCUUCGCUGCAUUUUUUUAUUUUUUAAAAAAAUAAAUAUUUUAAAAAAUACAGCAGCCAUUCUGCAAUGAUAUUUUGUUUGCUUAGCUUUUACUCAGGGCCGAGAAGGAAUAAAGAGAUGCACAUUGCCAGAACAUCAGGCAAUGAAGUGGAGACUAGAAAAGAGAGAGAAUGAUAGCUGUUAAUCAUCCGUUCUGUGAAAUACAAGAGCAGAAUACUAGUUCUCUGUUGUUGUCAAUUUGGAAUUCUCUUGUUAUGAGUGGGGGAAUGGGGUGGGGAGUAGGCUGUCUGCAAUACCCUUCUAACCCCUGUAUCCAGUGUUAAAAUAUAACCAGGCUGGCUUUCUAAUGCGCCGAUCACCUGGGCGAUGGGCCAGUAAGAGAACAAAGGGUUAAGGGGCUUGGUGUUAGGUGGCAAAUGGAUGGGGGCUCCCUCCCUUAACAGACAAAACCAGAGUUUGGGGGCUGUGAUGUGAAUGAGAGGGAAAGCAGCAAGCUGGAUUUGAUUUCUGUUUGAAUCGAAAGCUGCAGUUAUGGGAGAAACAGGACCCUCUUGGAGCGUUAAUGCCAUGAGCCCCUUCAUCACUGGCUCAGGUUGCAUAUUUGUGUGAAUAAACCAUAUAUCCUCAAGACACCACAGUUUCUGGUGCUCCUCAUUUCCCAAAGGAAACACAGACCCUGGAAUCUCCCAUCGCUCAGAGAUUGGGGUGCCAUGCAACAAUACGUUACCAGGGUAGAAGUUAAUCAUAUUUUUUACAUAACCAAGGCUUCUGUUUUGUUCUUGCUGAUGCUGAUGCUGAUAACGAUGUUUAAAAAAACAAGCACUGCCUUAGUUUGCAACGCGUGCAUUUGAAAAGAAAAACAAAACCUAACAUCGGGGGCAAAUAGAGCACACAAAUAAAAUAUCCGCUGUUUGUUCAGGCAGCAGAGCUAAAAUGUAUUUGGGUUGGUCUUCACUGCCUUUUAACAGAAUAGCCCCAAGGCAGCUCUGUCUUGUUGAUGCUGCCCUUGUGUGCAUGCUUUGAAAGGGGCCGGACUUUUAAAAGAGAACCUUGUCUGUCCAGUGUGCUGGUUUUGCUGUGGAAAAUUACAGUACUUUAUUUGACUUUCCUGCAAGGCACGUGCACACUUCAGCUGGGUUGCCUGCCAAGAUUUGUAAUUUUAGUUUUCCUUUGUUAUGAGAUGAACUGUGGAAUAACAGCACAGCAUCUGGGCAGGAAUAAAACUGAGCAUUAAUAGAAUACUAUCCAAAUUUCAAGUUCAUAAUAAAAGGAGCAGCACUUGAUUGCUGGGCUGUAUUUGUUUGACUUCCUUUCAUUCUUAGGCUGAAGUCUGAAAACUGAUGAGUAGCCUCUAUAGAAUUUCACUGGGGACAUGGCGUACUUUGUUUUGUGACCAAACCAUAAAAUAAACAAUCGGAGGCAUAUGAGAUCAAGGGAAGAAUGAAGCAAGCAUUGCAUUGACUCGGUGCUAGCUGCAUGCUGCUCUUCCACAUGAAACCAUAGUUUAACAUUACAUGCUAACCAGUUUAGCAUAUGACUCAGGGAGUUCCAGAUUUGACUCUUGCCAUUGUCCUGAACUCUCUGCAAGUCUUUCUCUCAGCCUCAGUCUGGUGUCUGCAAUAUGGGCAUAAUAAUGGUUGUUUGCUUUACAUGGUUGUUGUAAGGUUGCAGGUUUAUAUACAUUUGAAACACUUGGAUGCUAAAAACAAAAGCAGAAAAACAAAGCAAUUAUGAGGCAUUCAGGGUGAGGUGCAUCCUUCUGUCUGAACCCUCUUAUCUGUGUACAGACAACAUUCAGGAAAGUUUGGGGUUUGCUGUCGCUGGGGGUUUUCAAGGAGAGAGAACAGAUUGGAACUGCUGCAGAUACGCACCCCGUUUCCUGCAGGUGGAAGAUGCCUUCAAUGCACAUAUAACCAACACUGAAAAAUUUGCACAUUUGGAUAUGCAUUACAAGUGCAUUACAAUCAUCAUCUCAGUGUCCUUGAACACAUUUGAUGCAGCUGUGUGUGAACAUCCCCAUCCAAAACUAUUGGGCGGAAUGAGGGCCAAAGCAUUCUUUGAAUCAAGUAAGAACAGAUGAGCUCUGUGGUCUUCCCAACCAGUUGUGCGAGCUAAAAAAAAGUACACUGGGAUUUGGACCAAGUGGGCCAACUAAGUUUUACUCAUAGUAGACUUAUUGAAAUUAAUGAACUAGCCUAAAUUAGGUUAAUUAUGUUCAGCAAGUCUACUCUGACUAAAACAUAAGGCUUAUCCACACUUAGGUUUUGCUCUGUUCUAUCCAGGCAGGUCCACACUUAAAAGUUCUGUGUCCAAAGCCUAUGCUUUGUGUGUGUUUUGCCCUGAGCUUUCCCCAUGAAAGCCUGCUCUUUAGCGUUCAAUUGGAGCAAACGUCAAUCUGGGAUUUCUGCAGAUUGCUGUUUGUGCCGACUGAGCUUUAAAGAGCGAACUUUUGAGGGGAACACUCUGGAGCAAAAGGAAAAAAGGGCACUCAGACACAAAGCUUUAAAGCGCGACCUGCACCUGGAAAGAGUUGAGGAAAAGUAAGUGUGGAUAAGCCCUUUGUAGGGAACGCAGGUAGCUCUGUGGUCUAAACCAUUGAGACUCUUGGGCUUGCCAAUUGGAAGGUUGGCGGUUCAAAUCCCCGCAACUUGGUGAGCUCCCAUUGCUCUGUCCCAGCUCCUGCCAACCUAGCAGUUCGAAAGCAUGCCAGUACAAGUAGAUAAAUAGGUACCGCUGCAGCAGGAAGGUAAACAGCAUUUCCAUGUGCUCCGGUUGCCCUCAUGAUGUUCCAUUGCGCCAAGAGCGGUUUAGUCAUGCUGGCCACAUGACCCAGAAAGCUGUCUGUGGACAAACACUGGCUGCCUCAGCCUGAAAGCAGGAUGAGCACCACAACCCCAUAGUCGCCUUUGACUGGACUUAACCGUCCAGGGAUCCUUUACCUUUACAGUAGACUCCAUGAUAAAAUUGCUGCCCGCAUCAACAAUAGCAUCAUCCCAAGAGUUAUGAGUAAUCAGAGAUUUGAUCCUGUGCUUGGAGAGGUCAGAUUACAUUGACAUCAGCCCAACCCAGAGCUCUUUAAAAAGAGCUUAGCACCUGACCUAAUAUGUAUGAUGCAGCAAGCAUUUGAGAGCUAACCUGAGGCACUCCUGAUGUCAACUCCCAUAAGCAUCAGCCAGCAUGACCAAGAGUCAGAGGAGAUGGAAAUAGUUUUGCAGCAACAUCUGGUUAGCUAUCCCUGGCUUAGCGCUUGAGCCAUGGAUCCAUUGCAUAGAUUUAUUUGUUGAAUUUGACCAGGGGUUGUUGAGCAGAGGAGAAAAGGAAUCUUGGCUUGCAACCGUGGAGUGCAUCAUAGCCUUUUAUCCCCCAGGAAGAGACACAAGGAAAAGAAGGGCCUAAAUUUCCCACAGCCUGCAGUUCCACAGACGGAGAAGUGAACAAAGGAUAUAUCUCACCAAGAAAAGACUUCUUAUACUUUCCCUUGGAUCUCUGCAUGGAUAGAUUGAGCAGAACAGAAAUGAUUGUGCUUCUGAGUAUUUCUGAGCCAUAGGACUUCACCACAGCUACCCUGAGGGUGGGAAAUGAAUUUCCCAGCGCCGGAACUUCUCUCUGACUUAGCUUCUGCCCCCAGUGGCUUGGCAUCUGCUGCUUGAAAACUCUUUCCAGCUACAGAAAAUUGCAGAGAGCAAGGCGCGCAGCACUAUUUAGAAGUUCUUUCCAGUACAGUGGUACCUUGGGUUAAGUACUUAAUUCGUUCCAGACAUCUGUUCUUAACCUGAAACUGUUCUUAACCAGAAGCACCACUUUAGCUAAUGGGGCCUCCCGCUGCCGCCGCGCCGCUGGAGCACGAUUUCUGUUCUCAUCCUGAAGCAAAGUUCUUAACCCAAGGUACUAUUUCUGGAUUAGCAGAGCCUGUAACCUGAAAGCGUAUGUAACCCAAGGUACCACUGUACUUGGGAACGGUCAUCUAUCUAUGGGUAGAUCCAUGUGGUAUGAACCAGAUGAAACUCAGCAAUUUUAGUGUGAUUCAGAAUUAAUGUGUGGAGUAAGAUUCUACAGCAGGUUCCCCUUCCCAAUACUAAGGGUUAUUUCAAUUGUGUUGAUUUCUUUAUUUAUAUAUACAGUGGAACCUUGGUUCUCGAAUGGCUUAAUUGCUGAACAAAUUGGCUCCUGAAUACUGAAAACCCAAAACGGCUGAGAUUGUCAGCUAUUGUUUCGGGGGCACCUGUGCCAAUUGGAAGCCGUGCCUUGGUUUUCGAAUGUUUCAGAGAACCAAGGUACCCCUCUCUCUCUCUCUCUCUCUCUCUGUGUGUGUGUACAGUGCUUUUUUUCAAAAAAAAAAUAUCUUUAGAUGUACUCUCUAUUUCCUACUCAUAUUGAAAUAAUACUCCUCAGUUAGGCCAAACUUAGAUUCACAAAAUUUUUAGGGGUAUGUGUACCCCUGCAUCCCCCCACAAAAAAAGCACUGUGUGUGUGUGUGUGUGUGUGUGUGUGUGUGUGUGUAUACACACACACACACAGUCAUACCUUGGGUUACAGACACUUCAGGUUGCGUUUUUUCAGGUUACGGACCACUGAAACCCGGAAGUACCAAAACAGGUUACUUCUGGGUUUCGGUGGUCAUGCAUGCACAGAAGCUCUAAAUCCUGCUUUGCACAUGCACAGAAGCACUGAAUCGCAACCCGCGCAUACGCAGAUGCGCCGACGUGGGUUGCGAACGUUGCAGGUUGCGAACAUGCAUCCCUCAUGGAUCACGUUCGCAACCCAAGCGUCCACUGUAGUUUUCUGUUUUACAAUUUAAAAUACUCCUUUUACAUCCUUAAGAUAUCAAUGACUUCCCUACUUCUCUUUCCAUGCUUCCUUUUACAUAUCAUAAAUCCCUGCAUAUUUUACAAAAACUAUACCAUCCAGUGUUCCAUUAUUGCAUCCAUCAAAACUUGUUCACGCUGUUGAAUUGAUCUCAAUGCCGCCAGCGUUUUCAGCUGUACACAGUCAUUUCCUAUAUAUUCAAUCAACGUUUUCCAGUCUUCUCAAUCCCAUUGAUUUCAGUCAGAUAGAUCUAACUGGGAUAGCUCAGUUAGUAGAGCAUGAGACUCUUAAUCGCAGGCUCGUGGAUUUGAGCCCCAUGUUGGGCAAAAGACUCCUGAGGUUGAACUAAAUGAUCCUCAGGGCCCCUUCCAGUUCUAUAAUUUUAUGAUUCUAUUAUUUAAGCAUUAUUUAAGAUAAUAAUAAUAAUAAUAAUAAUAAUAAUAAUUUAUUAUUUAUACCCCGCCCAUCUGGCUGGGUUUCCCCAGCCACUCUGGGCGGCUUCCAACUGAAUAUUAAAAACAAUACAGCAUCAGACAUUAAAAACUUCCCUAAAGAAGGCUGCCUUCAGUUGUCUUUUAAAAGUAAAAUAGUUGUUUAUUGCCCAUCUGCUGGGAGGGCGUUCCACAGGGCGGGCGUCACUACCGAGAAGGCCCUCUGCCUGGUUCCCUGUAGCCUCACUUCUCGCAAUGAGGGAACCGCCAGAAAGCCCUCGGCGCUGGAUCUCAGUGUCCGGGCAGAACGAUGGGGGUGGAGACGCUCCUUCAGGUAUACAGAUAUACCUGCAUGCAAUCAGCUUUCAUUGGCUUAUGUUCACUGUGUCAUUCUGAUUAGGGAAGUCAGUAAUUUGAAUAUUUUUUCCACGGUGGAGCUUACACUGCAGUGCAAGCAUAGGGGAACUUUGGCCCUCCUGAUGUUGCAGAAUUAUAACUCCCAUCAUCCCACUCCAUUGGCCAUGCUUGCUAGGGCUGAUGGGAAAUGUAGUUGAGCAACAUCUGGCCAGCCAAGGUGCCUCACUCCUGCUGUGGUGGGCAGUUCUUUGAACCAAGUGGCUCCAAACCUUUUCAGAAUGGCAACCCCCAAACCCAAAUUUACUUGGUAUGGUGACCCAUUGAUUUAUUCUCACAUGAACUGUGUACCUUAGGUCUUUGCCAGCCAUCAGUUUCAUAGAUUUUAACUUUUUCUAUUUUAUAACCAUUAUUUGAGGCAUCCAAGCAACAAUUUUCUUGGUGUCCCUAUUAAUAUGGAAUUUCUUGAAAUGUGCACAGCACUGACUGGAAUGUAAUUGAAAUCCAUAAGAAUGCAGAAAUAAAGAAAAUCAUCAAUUCUAGCCCUAAACGGCCUUGGUCCAGUAUACCUGAAAGAGCAUCUCCACCUCCAUCGUUCUGCCUGGACACUGAGGUCCAGCGCCGAGGGCCUUCUGGCGGUUCCCUCAUUGCGAGAAGCCAAGUUACAGGGAACCAGGCAGAGGGCCUUCUCGGUAGUGGCACCUGCCCUGUGGAACGCCCUCCCACCAGAUGUCAAAGAGAAAAAUAACUACCAAACUUUUAGAAGACAUCUGAAGGCAGCCCUGUUUAGGGAAGCUUUUAAUGUUUAAUAGGUUAUUGUAUUUUAGUGUUUUGUUGGAAGCCUCCCAGAGUGGCUGGGGAAACCCAGCAAGAUGGGCGGGGUAUAAAUAAUAAAUUAUUAUUAUUAUUAUUAUUAUUAUUAUUAUUAUUAUUAUGUGGGGGCGACCUUAUCUAAAUUAUAUAAUUUGGUAUUUGAAUGAUUGAUAUUAUUAAUUGUAUUAUAAAUUGGUAUUGUUAUAAUGAGGCUAUUAUUGGAUUAUAAUUGAAAAUUAAUAAAAAUUACUAUCAGCAAAAAAAAAGAAGAGAGAAGGAACGAUAGUAUAGAACACUAAAAAAGAAAAGAAAAAGAAAUUGUGCACAGCACUGACAAAGCUAUUUGCCAUUUAUUUUGAUGGGAAUGUCAGAACCCCAAUCACCCAAUUGCAGGAUAUUGCCUUGUAAGCUAUAAAACAUUAUUAUAAAAUUGAUUUAAUCUAAAAAUGGUUUAUUCUAAAAAUGGUUACACAAGCAAUGUUAUAUAUAACCAACUAUAAAUAUUCUUUUUUUAAAAAAAAAAAUCACAAUGAAGUCCCAUUUGGGCAAGUAUCAGUAGGAUUGCUGAGCUUGCAUUUUGCCAACAAGUAGGUCAACGCAGGGUUUGAUGGCUGUCGCCCAUGGUCUCAGAGCAUUAUUGAUAUGUAGCCUGCUGCUGUAUUUCAUCUUCACAGCAGUCGUUGCUGAAAAAUCUGUCUUGCAAAAAUAUGUACCACCAAAUGGCAGCAGCACAAAUAUAGCUUCAUCAGCAAGGUCAGUGGAAAUUCAGUAAUUCUGGUAACAUGAAGCCAGAAUUCAGGUAACCUCUCUUCCAAAAAUCUAUCCUUGAGGGUCCUAUGUAUUGCAUGACAAUGGGUUGUUCUUCUUGUGCAAUCAAAGACAACUUGGUGACAUCAUUUGCAAAUGAGUUUCGCACCCACUUGAACAUCUGUUCCUUUUUUAAAAAUAUAUAUAUAUUUAUACUUUUCAAGUUUAUACAUUUCACUAGUUUUACAAUCAUUCUGACAUUUCAAAACUUGACUUCCUUCCCCCUCUGUCUGUGGUUCCUUAAAUUUAUUCUUAAUAUCUUCUGCAUAUCCAAAUUAACUUAAAUUGCUCAUUUAUUCGUCUUCUUUAAAUAUAUACUCUUAUAAGACUGCAGGUUACUACAAUAAUCCUGCCAAUGUUCUUAUCUGUUUACAAUUUAUCUGUAAAUAUUCAAUAAACCGUUUCCAUUCUUUUAUAAAAAGUUUGUUAUCUUGAUUUCUUAUUCUUCUGAUAAGUUUCGCCAUUUCUGCAUAUUCCAUAGGUUUUCGUAUCCAUUCUUCCUUUGCUGCGACUUCUUUUUGUUUUGGGGCAAGUAACAUUCUUGCCACAGUAGUCGCAUACAUGAAUAAGUUUCUAUACAGUUUAGGUAGUUUUGUCCCUAUAAUUCCCAAAAUUAAAGCUUCUGGUGUUUGUUUGUUUGUUUGUUUGUUUACAAAAGUUAUUUUAAACAUCCUUUUCAUUUCAUUGUACAGACGUACCUUGUUUUGCGACCGGGAUCUGUUCCGGAGCCCCAGCCGCUAGCCGAAAAGGACGUGGGGCAAAGCGCCACAUCUGUGCAUGCAUGUGGAGUGGUUUGUGCUUCUGCGCAUGCGGGAAGCGCAAUUUAGCGCUUCUGCACAUAUGCGAGUGGCAAACCCAGAAGUAACCCAUUCUGGUACUUCCGGGUUUGCCGCGGACGUUCGCCGGAAUGGAUGCUAGACAAGGUGGACGUUAGCGGAGGUAUUACUGUAUAUCAUUUCCCAGUGGAAAAUGAACUUCUGUUUCUUCAGCAGAAAAGGAGUGACAAAUUUUGACUAAACAAACUUCAAAUCACCCUUGGCUAAACUGUUAAUUAGCCCUGAUCGCAGACCUAGUGAAACUACAACUAAUCCAGAAUGUGGCAGCUAGACUGGUGACUGGGAGCAGCCGCGAGACCAUGUCUUGAAAACCUACAUUGGCUCCCAGUACGUUUCUGAGCACAAUUCAAAGUGUUGGUGCUGACUGCGUCCUUUAUCACCUUAACCAUCAUCUAUGUUAUAUCCAAUACAAUAUUUAUCACUCAUGCAAUUUGUGAAAAUUAGUCCAGGUAAAUAAAGAUUUUAGUUGGGAACAAUGUUGUUUUAAAAUACCCUCUAUAACCUUCCCACGCCUUUGUAAGCCUUUGGAUUGUUUGAUUCCUUCGAUGGGGUUUUCUUUCCCUUCCAAUCUCUGGCAACCAACAUUCUCACUGCUGCUGUUGCGUAUAAAAAUAUCCUUUUCUUAUCACCUGGGAUGUCUGUGGACAAAAUACCUAGAUAGAAGGUUUCUGGGUUUGGUUUUGUUUUACAAAUAUUUGUUUGAACAUUUUCUGGGUCCUAUUAUUAAUCAUUUCCUCCUGCAUCUUUUAUGAUAAUCCAAAUCUUUUACAUCUCCCAUUAUGUCCAGAAUUCAACCUUAAACUACAAGUGAUAGCCUACUUAUGAUUUUAACUGUUUACAGUGGUCUUUAAGAUAAGUUAUAAAUUUCCCCCAUUCCUGCCAAUGUUCUUAUCUGUUUAAAAUUUAUCUGUAAAUAUUCAAUAAACCAUUUCCAUUACAAUUGCACACCCCUCUGCAAAGGAGUCUUUAAAAAUACCUCAAACCUGGGGGCUUAAUUCAUGGAUGAUGAAAUGAUCUUGAAAGAUGUUGUCACCAUCCUUUCCCCAUUUUUGGCUUAACACUACGAGAAACUAUUUUUCUAGCUGCUACAAUGAGUGGUUGUCUGAGGCUCUGAGCAUCAAACAGAUUCAGAAUCAUUACCUGAGACAUUUUUUGUCUCUCCCUUUUCUAGCCUAUGCACCACAGCACAGCUGUAACGUUAAUUGCACGCAAUUAAGACAAUUUAUUGCAAAGAUAUCAAUUAGUAGUAAAUUGUGCAGAUUCUGCGGGGUCCGUAGCUGGAAAUCUGGAAUUAUUCUUCUGUGCAAUGUACUUUUUGCAAAUGAGUAACCUUGUUGAAUUGCUCUGCUGUUUCUAUAAAUAAAGAUGAGCCAGGCCUCCUGUGGGGCAUCGUUAAUUAUGACUAAAUACUGGUAUACAAUCCCCUUUUCUUAAAGAAAUCAUUUGCGGUGCUUUACAAACACGGAUGACCUUGUCAGAGCAAUCCACAUAUUACAAAACACUUUUGCUGUUCUGACCCCUGAGGAGCUGGAUGUGGGUGGUACAGCUCAUCGGAAGCUAUACUUCUAGGAAUAAGGAAAACCUCUGUUAUAAGACAGCAUCUUAAAAAGAGACAUCACCUUGCCAACAAAGGUCCGUAUAGUAAAAGCUAUGGUUUUCCCAGUAGUGAUGUAUGGAAGUGAAAGCUGGACCAUAAAGAAGGCUGAUCGCCGAAGAAUUGAUGCUUUUGAAUUAUGGUGCUGGACGAGACUCUUGAGAGUCCCAUGGACUGCAAGAAGAUCAAACCUUUCCAUUCUUAAGGAAAUCAGCCCUGAGUACUCACUGGAAGGACAGAUCCUGAAGCUGAGGCUCCAAUACUUUGGCCACCUCAUGAGAAGAGAAGACUCCCUGGAAAACACCCUGAUGUUGGGAAAGAUGGAGGGCACAAGGAGAAGGGGACGACAGAGGACGAGAUGGUUGGAUAGUGUUCUUGAAGCUACCAACAUGAGUUUGACCAAACUGCGGGAGGCAGUGGAAGACAGAAGUGCCUGGUGUGCUCUGGUCCAUGGGGUCACAAAGAGUCGGACACGACUAAACGACUAAACAACAACAACAACUGUUAUAAGAAUCUCAAAUAUAAAAUAAAUGUUCAUAAAUGCAGUGCUUUUUUCUAAAAAAAAUGUUUAGGGGUACUCUCAUUUUGACUCAAGAAAAUCACCACUUUAUAGUUCAAAUUGGGAAAAAUAAAUACAGUAAAUGGACAAAAGUACAAAGAUUCACAAAAUGUUUAGGGGUAUGCGUACCUCCCAGAAAAAAGCACUGCAUAAACGUACAAGGCAAACCAUACAUACACAAGCAUAUAAACCACGUGUCUGAAACAGUACAGGAGAACAAAUCUGAAGCCAUUUUGACUCUCCCAAAUUGACCUCAAAUAUUUAUCUGCAAGGAGGAAGGAAAUGGGAAAAGCUUUCCAAUUGUCUUUGGACUGUAGAGGCUUACACCUCCCUUUUCAAAUACAGUCGGGUAAAUAUCUGUUAAGCUGAGCAAACUAUCAAUAUGCGUAAGGAAUUCAGGAACUAAAGCACAGUGGUACCUUGGUUCUCAAACUUAAUCCGUUCCAGAAGUCCAUUCCAAAACCAAAGUGUUCCAAAACCAAGGCGUGCUUUCCCAUAGAAAGUAAUGCAAAAUGGAUUAAUCCGUUCCAGACUUUUAAAAACAACCCCUAAAACAGCAAUUUAACAUGAAUUUCACUAACAAGACUAACAAAAAAAUAAAGCAAUAAUCAAUGUACUGUACUAUAAAAUAAAUAAGACGGUAUUGUAUAUGAUAAAAAUUAAAAUUAAUUGUUUUUCUUACAUGCACUGAUGAUAGGCAUUGUUUGGAUGGGGGGCUUUGAUCCAUUUCCACAGUCACACAAUCAAUCAAUCAAUCAAUCAAUCAGUAGCUGAACUGGGUUCCACACAGUCACAAAAACAAAUGAACCGAAAAAGCCUCAAAAACGCAAAAUAAAUAGCAAAAACAAAAGUGCCAAAUACAGUGGUACCUUGGUUCUUGAACUUAAUCCACUCCAGAAGUCUGUUUGACUCCCAAAAUGUUUGAAAACCAAGGAGCGGCUUCUGAUUGGUGCAGGAGCCUCGGAAACAAUAGCCGACAGCUGCAUUGCAUGUUCGGCUUCAGAAAAACGUUCUAAAACCAGAACACUUACUUCUGGGUUUCCGGUGUUUGGGAACCAAGGCAUUUGAGUACCAAGGCAUUUGAAAACCAAGGUACCACUGUAUUUACCAUCUCAAAGGAAUGGCCAGGCUAUCCAGAAAAUGCAAGCAAGUAAGGCAUUAUGAGGUAUCCUGGCAGACAGGAGAGAAGCAACACUCAAAUUUCCGCUGCAGACCUCCUCCUUCUGUGAUGUAUGUAUGUUUUGGAGGGGGUGGUCUUGAGCUACAGAGGGGGCAAUUUCAAAAGUCUGUAUAGGGGCUCACACACCAUUGUUCCGUGUUCUCCUCCCUCCUGUGUGUGGUGAGUGGGGACUCUGUUGCAACAGUUUAUUUCCUUUAAUAAAGAUCAGGCUUACUAGCCGCUUUGCUUCUCAAUAUACUGUAUUUUUCGCCCCAUAGGACACACCUAGUUUUUUUGGGGGGGGGGAAUAAAGAAAAAAAAUUAUUCCCCCCCCCCCAAGCGCGGGGCUGGUGCGGGGGAAGCCCGAGCUUCCCCCAACCCCAGCCCCGAGAACAGCCUGCUAUCCGCAAGCGUAGGGAGCCCGGCGGGAAGUCGCGCCGGUCUCCCCAGGCUUGCGGAGAGCUGCACGAAGCCCGGGCGCGCUCUUCAGCGCGCCCCAGGCUUCAGAAUGCAGGCAGCUCUGCGCAAUCCUUGGGAGACGGGCAUGACUUUGCGCCGGGUUCCCUAGGGUUGUGCAGAGCUGCGCGAAGCCCGGGACUGCAGGCAGCUCUGCGCAACCCUCGGGAGCCCAUUUUUUUAAAGUUCUCGUGCAGAGCUGUCAACAAUCUCUACUAAUGGACACCUUUUCCUAUAUACCUUUUAACAUUCACAUUUUGGCCAAUGAACUUCCCUAACAUAAUUCAUUUUUAGUUUUUUGAAAUGAUUCUACUCUUUUAGGACCCUGUGUGUUUGUGUUUUAUUCUGUUUUAUUCUGCACUGCUUUGAUGGCAUCAUGCUCUGAAAUGCUGCAAAAAUUUGGUACUGUAAAUAGAUAGUGAUAUUUUUGUAUAUUUUCAUGAAUGUAUGCAUUUUCUGCACAUUUCUUUGUCUGGAGCACCGCACCAGGAUAGCUGUAAUUCAGUUUUCACGGUUUUUCAGUGAGUUAAAAUUAGGUCGCUUCCCAUUAAAAUGUGAGCUGAGCUGAUUUCUCCCCGUACAGACCCAUUCAUACCACAAGAAGACCUAAACAGCUUAGGUGCAGGAUCCUUUAAAGAGCACCUCAUCCCAUACCAUCCUGCCUGCUCCCCUGAGAUCCAAAGAACAGGCCUUUCUCUGUGUCUCACUGAAGCAGAGCUGGGUGGAAAAUAGGCAGGGUCUUCUCAGUGGUUGCCCCAUGUAGGAAUGAAACACUUUGCUCUAGGAACCGCAGGUCCCUCACAUGUUUUUCUCUUGUUACUGAAACCCUAUUUAUUCUAGAAAGCUUUCAUUUUAUGAGACUGUGUUUUUAUUAUUUCUUUAAACUACUGCAUGCCCCCUCUUUCUUUUUCUUUUUCUUUCUUUUCUUUCUUUUUGCUUUAUACUAUGUUACAAAAGCACUUUAUGUUGUCGCAAGCCACCCUGAGUGUGCUUUGACACUUAGAAGGGUGGGAUAAAACUUCCAGCUAAAUAAAUAAAUUGCUGUUCGAUAAGUCACCAAGAGGCAGCUUACAGGAGCUGCUGUAACGUUUGCAAGAUAUUGGUCUGCAGAACGUGAAUACCGUAUUUUUCGCGCUAAAUUUUUUUCUUUAUUCCCCCCCCCAAAAAAAACUAGGUGCAUCCUAUAGGGCGGUGCGUCCUAUGGGGCGAAAAAUACGGUAUUAAUGUGUGAAAAAGUAUAUCAGCUUACUGUGAAGAGGAGAUGCACAGCCUUGGGCUGUAGUCCUUGUAUUUUGCCCUGUCUUGCAAAAGUAGCAUAGAGAAGUUCUCAUAGAAUAUUCUAUCUCCUGCAACCUACUUUAUAGGUGCCUGAAUGGUUUUAUUCCUUUCAAUUUUAUUGUGGCCACACAUGUAUUUGCAAUCUCCCUGGUCGUGAAUGGGGUAGCUGUGCCCCUGAAGGACCAGGUGUGCAGCCUGGGAGUCAUUUUGGACUCACAGCUGUCCAUGGAGGCACAGGUCAAUUCUGUGUCCAGGGCAGCUGUUUAUCAGCUCCAUCUGGUACGCAGGCUGAGACCCUACCUGUCCGCAGACUGUCUCGCCAGAGUGGUGCAUGCUCUAGUUAUCUCCUGCUUAGACUACUGCAAUGCGCUCUACGUGGGCCUACCUUUGAAGGUGACCCGGAAACUACAACUAAUCCAGAAUGUGGCAGCUACACUGGUGAAUGGGAGUGGCCGCUGAGACCAUAUAACACUGGUCCUGAAAGACCUACAUUGGCUCCCAGUACAUUUCUGAGCACAAUUCAAAGUGUUGGUGCUGACCUUUAAAGCCCUAAAUGACCUCGGUGCAGUAUACCUGAAGGUGCGUCUCCACCCCCAUCAUUCAGCCAGGACACUGAGAUCCAGCGCCGAGGGCCUUCUGGCGGUUCCCUCAUUGUGAGAAGUGAGGUUACAGGGAACCAGGCAGAGGGCCUUCUUGGUAUUGACGCCCACCCUGUGGAAAGCUCUCCCAUCAGGUGUCAAGGAAAUGAACAACUAUCUGACUUUUAGAAGACAUCUGAAGGCAGCCCUGUUUAGGGAAGUUUUUAAUAUUUAACGUUUUAUUCUGUUGGGAACCGCCCAGAGUGGCUGGGAAAACCCAGCCGGAUGGGCGGGGUAUAAAUAAAAAAUUAUUUUUAUUUUUAUCUGAAAUGCCUAUGUUUACCACUCUGAAAUCCAUUUCUGGAUGAAGGAUGAUUUAUAAAUUUUAAAAAUAAAUAAGCCAUCUUGGAUCUCGGGGAGAUCAGGAGCCACAACUGAUAUUCCUCCACAUAAAUGUCAUGUGUGCCAUCUCUGUCUCUGGCCACUUCUGUCUCUGUCAUUUUUUUGCUCCACCCAUCUGCACAUGUCUAGUUCCUCUUCAUUGCCAUUCCUGGUUGUUUCUCCUCUUCAUAUUCUGGUGGGUUCCCGGGAUGUUCCCCCAAUCUCUACCUACCCCCUCACUUUCAAGUCAAUCUUCCUGUUGACAGCCAGAUUGCUGCACAACUACAGUGGCACCUCGGGUUACAGACUCUUCAGGUUACAAACUCUGCUAACCCAGAAAUAGUACCUCAGUUUAAGAACUUUGCUUCAGGAUGAGAACAGAAAUUGCAUCAGUGGAAGGCCCCAUUAGCUAAAGUGGUACCUCGGGUUAAGAACAGACCUCUGGAACGAAUUAAGUUCUUAACCUGAGGUACCACUGUAUUUCUGAAGUGGAGGAGACACUGAAAAUACAUUCAUGUGGAAUACAGUUUUGAAAAUCUGAGUCUCCAAUAUAACGCUUGAUGGCUUAUUUAAGGUUUGUUUGGUUUGUCAUGUCUGCGAGAUAGCGGUUAUGUCAACAUCCAGGCAAUUGCCUCUUGUUCAGAUUUAAUUAACAGACGCAUCUCAGUGAGAAGAGUCCUCUCUCCCACAGUGGUGAUGCGUCAUCGAGGAAAAGUGAUUUCAUAAACUGAAAUCCUCUCACUGUCAAUGGGCACAGGUUUCGGAGGAGUUCCCUGAUGCCAAGUUCAUCCUAUCAACUAAAGUAGGGAAAGGUUGAGGACAGAAGGAAAAGGGGACGACAGAGGACGAGAGGGGUUGGACAGUGUUCUCGAAGCUACCAGCAUGAGUUUGACCAAACUGUGGGAGGCAGUGGAAGACAGGAGUGCCUGGCGUGCUCUGGUCCAUGGGGUCACGAAGAGUCGGACACGACUAAACAACUAAACAACAACAAUAAAGUAGUUUAGAUGCUCUCUGAAAGCUGGGUCAGCCUUAACCGCUGUAAAUUAUGACUGAUGGACUUCAGUCCUUAUAGAAGACAGGUGUCAGUUCAAGGACUCAACUCCCCCCCCCCUUUGGCAGUAGAUAAGUAGAACAAAGAGAAAGGAGUCUCUUACCAGUUAGAAAUUUUAAUGAUCACAGCGAGAGAAUAAAGAAUCCAUUCCGAGGGAUGAAGGUGCUCCCAAUUAAGGGUUCAACCCACUUCCCCCCUAGUCACCCACGUCACUUCUGCGUCUUGCAACCUGAUCUCGCAACCAUUGUGCUUUCUGUACUGCCACCUUAUCUGCUCUCCUUGACCUUGGGCUGAGCGGAUGGAUGCUUUCCAGCGAAAGUGAGUCUGUUAACUCUCUCUGUCCCAGUUCUUCUCCUCCUAGCUGUUCACCACCCAGUUCUUCCCAAUUUCUGUCUUCUGAACUAUGUCCCUUUGCAAACCACUGUUCCAAAUCUAUAUUGUCCCACUGUCCCUGGGAAGAUUCAGGAUCCUGAUCAGGAGCAGGGGGAGGGGGAGACUCCCACCAUCCCUCAUCAGUGCAGCCCUCCUCAGCACGGUCCCUGACAACAGGUGUGCUUCAUCAGUUUAUGCCAAUAGUGAAAUGUCACCGUUUAUGGGACCUCCCAUGGUGUGUCAUAGAAAAAAGAAAGGUGUCCUUGCUGCUUGAGAGCCAGUGUGGUGUAGUGGUUAAGAGCGGUAGUCUCGUAAUCUGGGGAACCGGGUUCGCGUCUCCGCUCCUCCACAUGCAGCUGCUGGGUGACCUUGGGCCAGUCACACUUCUGUGAAGUCUCUCAGCCCCACUCACCUCACAGAGUGUUUGUUGUGGGGGAGGAAGGGAAAGGAGAAUGUUAGCCGCUUUGAGAUUCCUUAAAGGGAGUGAAAGGCGGGAUAUCAAAUCCAAACUCUUCUUCUUCUUCUUCUUUUCCUCAGAAGUUCUUCCUCAGUGUGAAGUGGGGUGGGGAACAUUUUGUGCUGUAUAACACCCAUGAUCAGAAGGCAUUAUGACAUUAUGGAAACCAGCUUUGCAAGCAAGGCAAUGAUGUUCAAGGAAUAUGUUCAGCUUGUAUUCCAAUGUGAACGGACCUGUUCCUUACCUCCUUUUUCAAUACACAUUUUCACAUGGAUUUGUUUCUAAAAUUCUGCACAAUAACAUGGAAUGGGGUGUGUGGAACAAACUUUAAAAUGUGCUACUGACAUGGACUGGAAGUAGACUGGAGAAACAGUCAGAUGGGUGGGGUAUAAAUUAUUAUUAGUAGUAUUAGUAUUAUUACUUAAUAAGUUAUCAAGCUCCAUUGCUUUAUCCUUUCCUGAUGGCAUAGGGGGUAACAGAGAAGGCCAUGUCCCCAUAUUUCUUCUUUCAGUGAAGACAACUUUCAUGCAGGACAAAGACCCAACCCACAGUCCAACCAUUUCUACUCAAGUUUUGAAGCUUGGGGAACUGGAACAGCUGGGGUUUUGUGGUACAUUCUGAUCCUUAGAAAUGGCUGUUUUAAUACUGUCACCAACUUUGAAUAAAGUUCUGACCAUCUGAGGUAAAACGUUGUUUGUGAGAUCUUUCCAUGCAGUCACUUUGCAUCGGAUUAGCAGCUCCACGGAGGCUGACUUGGUGUCUUUAGAAAACAGAAAUGAAUCAGUUCUUCUUCGUGAUUGCACCAAGGAAGCAAACAUUUGGGUUCCUAUUGAAGAGAGUGACUAAUACCCCAGAAAUAGAACAACAUCACCUUGGGAACAAUCUAUGACUGUUCUCUAGCUCAUAAGAAUUGCCUGGCACAGUUAAAUGAUUUGACGGUGAGAGCAGUAAUCUAAGAGGGUUCUUUGAAAAUACCUGGCACUGACGCACAGAUAUAAUCCAGAAGAGAAUUGUUUGUGUGAGGUCACUAAUCUAAUGUUGCUUUUCAAAAUGAUCAUCAUAGCAUGCAAAUGUCCAGAGUGAAACCUGUUUGAUUUCGCUUCACUGAAUUUAUUCCUCUUUCUUUCUUUCUUUCUUUCUUUCUUUCUUUCUUUCUUGUGUUCUAGGCUUGCUGGCAGAGCCAAGGAAAUUUGCUUGACGCAGAGGGCCAGCCCACACACCCACAGCCAAAAUGGCCGAAGACGCUGACAUGCGCAAUGAGUUGGAAGAAAUGCAGCAGCGUGCUGACCAGAUGACCGAUGAGGUGAGGGAAAUGUGGCUGGAAUGAUAAGCAGGAAAAAAACCCACAGCUUCCUCAUGCAGCCUGUUGUCUGCAGGCUAAGAUCCUCACCCAGAUAAAUGUGGACUUUUUCUGUUGGUUCCUGCGUUCUCAGCUCCAUCAUUUUGAUGUUCUGAACUCAGAAAUGAGAAAGCUACUGCUACACCUUCCACCAUCCCUAGCCAUUGGCAGAGGCGGAGGAAGGGGGUGUGGUGGGUGCGGACCGCCCCAGGUGUCACCACUGAGGGGGUGACAAAAUGCCAGGCGACACUCACCAUGGGGCCUGCAGCAUGCCCGAGACAUGCAUCUCUCCUGGGAGAGACGCUGUGGCUUGGGCGCACGCAGGCUCCGUGCUGCCCAAAUUGUCCGCCCACUGCCUCCCCACCCCCAGCUGUAGGGCGGCUGAGUGGGAGGAGGCAGGCAGACUCUGGAGGCCCCAUGGUGCGCCCUGCCCCUAGGGGCAGCUCGCCCCACCCCUGGGCGCGCCGCCCUAGGUGCCUGAGUGGCUUCCUCCACCGCUGGCCGUUGGCCAUGCUGGCUGAGACUGAUGGGAGCUAGAGUCCAAGAGCAAGCAGAGGGCCAUAGCUUCCGCACCAACUAGAGAAGCAAGAGUUUGAACCCAGGGCCUUCUGCAUGAAAAACCAGGUGCUCUACUAAUGAGCUGUGACCCUUCUCAUGAAAGAAUGCAGAAGAGUAAUUCCAGAGGGGUCAAAAUAUUGUCCAACGACAAGGCCUCUCCCAGAUUCUGCUGUUGACUUUGUGAAGUCUUCAUGUAGGAAGGAAGAACGCCUCUGGUGACUUAAUUUUUUAAGUGUCUUUUGUUUGUUUAAAACAUACCAGAAAGUGCAAAUUGAGUCAUUUUUCUGUGCCUUUCAUUUAUGCACCUCGGCAAGCAAAGAAGAACCUGUGGCCCUCUAGAAGUUGUUGGACUUCAGUUCCCAUCAGCCCCAAACAGUAUAGCCAGUGACCAGGGAUGGUGGGAAUUGUAGUCCACCAACAUCUGGAGAACUACUGGUUGCUCUUCUCUGUUCUAGUCUUUACAACCAACAAACAAGCUAGGGCAUUUAGCUAGGUACAGAUCUAACAAGCUUCUUUGGGCAGCCUCUUUGAGCAGUAUUUUGGGUGGGGGAAAGAUGGCAUAAAUUAUCUAAAUAAGCAACCACACAUGUACUGCUCAUUGAAGGUGUAUUGCUCCUUGUGGGAUUUAGUCCAUGAUAUGCCGCCAUCACAAAGAACUUUAGAAUGAAGCUUCUCCCCCAUUGGUGAUACAUUUAUCACCAAUGCUUCUCCCAACUAACCUGCAAAUUUUUGGUUGUAAGGUUCUCAUGACUUCCUCUACUUAGAACCUGGACAAGAACCUUGUCCUUUUCACCUGAAGCAGCCAUAGUCUGGUGUGGUAUAGUUGGAAAACAAUCAGAAGAGUUAGAGUGGUAUAGUGUUAGACUAGGACUAGAGGGACCCAGAUUCAAACCCCUGCUUCACGAAGCUCACUGGCUGGUUGUGGGCCAAUCACUAUCUCUUAGCCCAGCCUAUGUCAUGGGGUUGUUGGGGAAAUAAAGUGAGAGGGGGAAGAGAACCAUGUAAAUAAAUUAAAAUAAGACAGAUGUCAUCAUUUUUUUUAUUUGAUGUACUUAUGCUCUGCAUGUUUCUGAGCUGAAACUGUUUAGCAAUUCUAACUCUCUUCCUCUGUCCCCCCCCCCCAUUUCCUUCUCAGUCACUCGAAAGCACUCGUCGUAUGUUGCAGCUUGUGGAAGAGGUAAGGAAUCCAUGGUUUAACUUCAGUGUUUUCUCGGGAAUGCUGAAUGGUUUGCAGGAGUUGACCCAUCUCAAAGCCCAUGAUGUGCAUGAUGACGAAGGUCCCACUCAUUGCCUCCUGGAGAUUGUCCCAUCUAUGGAAUGACCUCUCUAAACACAGUGGUUUGUUUUUAUUUCAAAGCACUUCUACAGUUUUGGGUGAAUGCACAUGCUCAUCCAGCAUACAUUAAGCCAGGUGGUGGUGCCUUCUCCAUGCUCAUUGUUAGGAACGUGCCUCCCCACCCACACCAGAGCACAGAGGAAGAGUCAGCCUCAGAAACUGAGCUAAGCGAGCAAGGGGCCAACUCUGCAGAUGAGAGCUGGCUGUCAGAGUCUAGAAAGGGCAGCCCAGCCCCCCUCCUUCCCAGGGAAGAUGCUGUUAGCUCACAAGGAGAGGGCGAGCUAGAAGGUGGCCAGAGCAUUGCCAGGCAGCCAGCAGAUAAGCCAGUGUCUGGUGCUGUGUAUUCUGGGAGUGGGGAGGACGCGGGCUAGCCGUUCAGUCCCCGCACUAGGAGACUGGAGAAGCUCAGAGAACAACGGAAGAAAAGGAGAAGAAAGGUGGGAUUUUGGUGUCCUUCCUGUUGGAGGAGGGACAAUGAUUCAGACUGAUCAACUACUGUUAAUGCAAGCAGGCGGGGGCUGUGCUCUGGAUGUGUUUUUCUUGUAAAUAAACAUACAUAAAACUGACAGAGUCAUUGCUGCAAUGCCACACAACGGAAAGCUUCCUGCAGCUGCUUUUUGGUGGUGCGGCAGAAGAAUACAUAAUACCAGAAAUGUUGUGUUACUGCUGUCCUGUUAAGAUGGAUAGAGCCAACAACUUUCAAUUUGACAUCAGUAUGAAUCCGUCAGAUUGACAGGUAUCAAAGUUGGCUUUCUCAUUAAUUCAGAGCUCUUUUUGUCCAUGCUGUCACUUCUGGAUGGAGGUGGUAGCUCUCAUUGCACCCUCCCUUUGAAAUGCUAUGCUGUCCAGAAUAAAUGAAACCCAAACCUGCAAGUGCACUCCAGAUUGUGCAUAAAAUAGGCUCCAGCACUACUGCUCAUCAACUGAUAGGCAGUAGAGCUGGAUUUGGUGGUCACAUACUGUGCCUGGGCUGGGCAUGGUGUUUUGAAGUCCUGAGACUUCCAAACUCCUAAUUGCUUGGCAACAAGGUGGGCAUUCCUGCCCCGUCAAAUUUGGCCCACAAGACUAGACCCUGGCCUGCAUGGAGCCCAAAAGGUUCACGACCCCUGAGCUACUCUGCUCACCAGCAGCUCUCAGACAAGGAUCAUGCCCAUCAGCUGCUUUCUGAUCUUUCCUACGGGAGAUGCCAUUGACAGAGCCCAGAUACCAGCUGAGUGCAAGCUAUUUGCUCUAGUGCUGAGCCUCUCCCCUGUUGAUGGUGAUGUCUUGGCUGUGAUCGUGCAGCAAAUUUAUAACAGGGCACUAGGGCAGAAUGAAGGCCUUUUGCAAAGGGGAAGAAGGCAAGUUUCACAUAUAGGUGGGUGUCACCAAAUCUGGAGCAGACAUCCUUUCCUAUUGAAACAUUUGACCUCUGGGCCAAGUCUGGAGGAGAAAAACAUGAAGGAAAAGGCCAGUUCUCAUGAUAAAUCAGCUUGGCAUUUAAGCAUUCUGCUUUCAGAAAAGAACAGCUAUCAAGGGAAAUGUCAUGAACUACUGGUGUUAGGGAUGGGUUUAAUUUUUGUGCUGUUCUAUUUUUCAUUUUUGCAGUGAUAACAAUUGGGAGGGUAGGGGAAGCAUGUAUGAAAUCUUCUCCCAAAGAUCAGCACUGUCCUAGCAUAAAGCUGCAGUCCUGAGCACAUUUACUUAAGAGAGUAAGCUCAUUGGCCACUGGGAGGGCCAUAGCUCAGGAGUCUGCAUGCAUCAACACUGAAUGCAGAAGAUGCCUGCUCCAAACCCUGGUGCCUCUAGGUGGGGCUGUUAGUAUUCCCUGCCUGAAACCAUGGAGAGCCACUUCCAUUCAGUGUAGACAAUACUGAGCUAGAUUGAGUCAUUAGUCUGAUUAGCUUCAGACUUUAGAUUAGCUUCAACCAGAGUCAGGGCCUUUUCAACACUGGCUCCGGCCUGGUGGAACGCUCUGUUUCAUGAGACCAGGGCCCUGCAGGAUCUGAUUUCUUUCCGCAGGGCCUGUAAGACAGAGUUGUUCCACCUGGCCUUUGGCUUGGAGCCAAUUUGAUUCCCUCCCCCUCUUUCUUUUUCUUUUCUCCUCCUGCGAUGAGGCUGCAUUUUAAUAUUUUAAUGUUUCAAUAUUUUAAUGUUGCAUUUUAAUCUUGUUUUUAAGUUGUAUUCAUUCAACUUGUUUUUAUUAUUGCUUGUUAGCCGCCCUGAGCCUGGCCUUGGCUGUGGAGGGCGGGGUAUAAAUAAAAAUUAUUAUUAUUAUUAUUAUUAUUAUUAGUGUAAGAAAUCUUCCUAUAUGCCUAAUUAUAAGCGAAUUAGUGCUGCACAUCACCUUUUCCUCUGAAGUCAUGACUCUCUUGAAACACACACACACACACACACACACACACACACACAAAUGCACACAUUAUGGCAAAGAUUUUUUCCCAUGUUCGCAUGCCCCAGUGGAAAUGAAAAGGUUUCUUUAUGAUGGGGGAAGGUUCUCUAAAAAGGGGCUCCAUUUUUUUGCAGGAGUCAAGAAAUGAGCAGGAGUGGGUGGCAUCUAGAGGGAGAUGGUUGCCUUCCAAGUGAUUACCUUUCCAUAUUUUAAUGGGCCAUUGGGCUACACCAGCCUUUAACCUGGUGCUCUUCAGAUCUUUUGGACUACAACUCCAAAACAUAGUAGUCCAAACCAUAUGGAGAGCACCUAGGUGGUUAAGGCUGGGCUACAGGAUGGUGUCAACACACGCAAAUGGUAAAUAAGGAGUUCCUUGUACAGCUGGGAGGCGCAGGGCUGAGAAAAUAAAUUGUAACUCAUGCCUAAGAAAUGGUUCUGCAGCCAUUCCUGUGUCCUUAGGCAACUGACACAUCCUUUUAGUGUCUUCUAACUGUUGGGAAUGUCAGGCUGUCCUAGUAGUUUAAUGUCUCUCCUACCUCAAUCAAAACAAGGUUGCUAUCCCAGAGUAAAUGAAAUAAAAUGUAUUUAAUUGCCUGCUUUUAGACUUUGUGCUCUGUUCCUUCAAGCAGACAUGAUAUGUUCCCUUUCGAUCUUGAGGAGUGCUUAUGGGACAUGAUGACAUACAAGUGUUUGGAGUCGUUUCUCACACACAAUCUCUUGCUGCACAGCCCAUUCUGUUCAGGAGGGUCUUUUCAUAUCCAUGAGCAGGUGGGAACAAGGGAUGGACAAGUCCUCUUCUACCAUCCCCCAUCCAUGAGCUCUUCUUAGCAGGGCCGGCCCACCUAUGAGGCAGAGGGAAGCAGCUGCCUUGGGCGGCCGAAGCUCCCAAGGUGGUACCCCUGUGGGUGCCCCACUGUCCCCCUGCCCCCACCUGUGGCAGAGAAGCAGUGCCACCAUCAACACUGAUUUCGGUGAGAUCUUGCAAGACCUUGCCAGAACCUACAGUAGGUGCCGCCACUUUGCUUCUUAGGAUUCAAGCCUUUCUCUUUGCUUAGACAACUUUUGACCCACCAAACUGAAACCAUAACAUCUCAGAGAAUCUUCUCAUAAAUUUUCCGAGAGCUCCCCCCAGCCUCUCCACUUUUGGGGAAAUUCUGCCUCCCUCAACAGAGACUGUUCAGUGAAAUCCUCCACUCCCUAUCCCUGUUUGACUCAGCAUGGGUAUUUGUGAGGGCCAUUCUCCGUCAAACUAUGUGUGGCAUUCACUAACCAAGGUUCAGAUUCUGUUUCCGGUUCUCACUCAAGCAGAGACUAUUCUUUGUCUUGUCCACAUUCCUGCCUCUGCCUUCCUUCACCUUAAUCUUGAUUUCUGGUUUUUUAAUAUUGUAUUUAUUUACCCUUAUCGUGAAACGAGUGGCGCUGUGGUCUAAACCACUGAGCCUCUUGGGCUUGCCGGUUGGAAGGUCGGCAGUUCGAAUCCACUUGACAGGGUGAGCUCCUGUUGCUCUGUCCCAGCUUCUGCCAAGCCAGCAGUUCGAAAUCACACCAGUGCAAGUAGAUAAAUAGGUACCACUGAGGUGGGAAGGUAAAUGGCAUUUCCGUGCACUCUGGUUUCCGUCACGGUGUCCCAUUGCACCAGAAGCAUUUCAGUCAUGCUGGCCACAUGACCCAGAAAGCUGUCUGUGGACAAACGCUGGCUCCCUCGGCCUCAAAGCAAGAUGAGCGCAGCAACCCCAUAGUUGCCUUUGACUGGACUUAACUGUCCAGGGGUCCUUUACCUUUUUUUACCUGUAGAAUAUCACCCACUGACUCCAUGACAAAAUUGCUGAUCGCAUCUACAAUAGCAUCAUUACAUGAGUUAUGAGUAAUCAAAGAUUUGAUCCUGUGUUCCUACAGGUCAGACUAAUUGAGUUCAAUGGAAAUUUGACUGGACUUAACUGUCCAGGGUCCUUUAACUUUAACUUUUUUUACCAUAUUUACCCUUAGUGACUAGCUUAACUUGGUGAGUGUGCUUAUGCAUCACAACUCUCUGUCCUUCACCCAGGCAAGCAAAAGGCGCUGCCAAAAUUUAAUAAUACAUUGCAGCCAGGCAAAAACACCCAGGGUGGAAAGCAGUGCCAAUGAGGGGUGAGGUCUAGAUAGACUGGGUGUGGCCUGGAGCAGAACCAGACAAAGAACCCUUGAAGGCCACAUUCUGAAGUUCUCCAUCCCUGCCUCACAUGAACACCCUACCGGAUAGUCAUGCCCUGUAGGAGAAGGGAGACGAUGUGAUCUUAUUCCCCCAUCAUUUGUAGGAGAGACUAGAGGAGAAUAUUGUCCAAAUGAGGCCUAGGUCCACAAAUACUAUUAGUCCAAGGGUUGCACAUCUUUGAUAUAAACCAUUUCUUAGCUGUUUUGCCCACCUUGGUGUUAACAGUUCUGUUUCCAUUGCAUUUCAAGGGUGUCAGGAUUUUUGGGGGAAGGAAGGGGAUUAGAGCUGCCGCCAUUUUGUUUUCUGUCCUGGGGUGCAUUUUGAAUUUUGGGAAGUUCAGAGUAGCUACCGCCAUAAAAUAUGGCAGCCACUCUGAACUGGUCUUUGACCGUAAUAAAUUAUUAUUAUUAUUAUUAUUAUUAUUAUUAUUAUUAUUAUUAUUUUAUGGCAGCCACUGGCAGAGGAAGAGGAGUGCAGGGGGAAGCACACUGCCCCUGGUAGUGCAAUCCCAGUGGGGUGUCAUCGCGGCUGCUCCCACACCCAUGCUGGGCACCAUGCCCCCACAGGUGGCAUGCCACGCCCCCAGGAUGUGUUCCACGCUCCCAGGACGCGCGGCAUCCCUGCUCCCACCUGCUCUCCACCCCCCCAGUGCUGGAGCAUGAAGCUCUGCCACUGAUGGCAGCUACAGAAAAAGACAACCUUUGACAGAAUGGGUGAAUCAUUCCUCCAACAGCUCAUUUUAUUGGAGAGGUGCAGUCUAGACAAAGGGCAGUGACUUGUUAAAAAUCUAAUAUCAAACAGAGCUAUUCCAUGCAGCUCUUAUUUUUAAAACCUGAGCUACCAGGGGAAACUCCCCUGUUUCUUUCCUUCUUUUUUAACAAUGUCUUGCAAUAAAGCUAAAGGUGAUUUAUUCAAAAGCAGACCCCAAGGUUUAAAAAUGCUGCUUGGGGGCUAGAGAUGCAUUGAAGGUUAACAAAGUACACCUAUGUAUGUAUGUAUGUAUGUGUAAUCAGAAGUAAGAAUAAUUGAGUUCAAUGGAAAUUACUCCCAGACAAACAUGCUGAAGAAUGAGUGGGGAAAAAAUGAAAAAACAAAGAGGGGAAAUGGACCAUUUCACCUUGAAUUAUGGGGUCCAUUUCACAAAUUUUAAAUCACUGUUUCUCCCCAGCCCCAAAAUUUGGUUCACACAUCCAGUUUUUUUUAAGACGAGCCUCGCUUUUCCUUUUGCUCCUUCUCAAACUGUCAAGUAUUGCAAUGAAUACUAAUGCAGUAGAGAAUCUUCCAUGUAUUUCAUAGUGUUAAUGGAUGCAAUUGAGGAAUUAGAUUCACUUAGCAUUUAAAGCUGAAUCUACCUGAUUCACAUCCCCCGAAAACAAGAUGCAAACCGAAACACAGCAAUCCCUCAAAAUUCACAUUUUUCUGAAUUUUGUAAUGGAGUUCUCCAGCAGAGCAAUGUGUUCAAGUAUGCAUAUGCCAAGGUAAAAUGUGCAUUAAAAUGCAUAUAUUAGUGACAAUAGCAUGCAGAAAUGCAUUAUAUUAGGGAAAAUAGAAAUAUUGAAGAAAAAAUGUCUAUAUUAGGCAAAAUUGCAUUUUAAAAUCUGUAUAUUGGGAUAAAUUUUCACUAAAAUGCUGGUGACUUCUUUUUUACAAACAUUGCAAGCAAAUGUGGAAAUGUGGAGAAGUAAAUUUAAGACUGGAAAAAUGAGAAACUAAAAGAAAGCAACUGACAGCUUCAUCAUCUCUCAUGUGAUGGGUUCCUGUUGAUUCCCUUAUCCCCUGCCAUUCCUUUCACUGUUGAUCUUUGAGCUUCUAAUUUUUUCCAGAUCUAGGGCUGCUUGUUCUCCCACUAAUUUCUUUCUUUCUCUAUCUCUGUCUCUUCGUUUCAUCCUCUUAUUCUUGCUGGAAUGUAGAGCAAAGAUGCUGGUAUCAGGACCUUGGUUAUGUUGGAUGAGCAAGGAGGUAAGUUCAGAUCAUUUACAUAAUAAUAAUAAUAAUAAUAAUAAUUUUAUUAUUUGUGCCCCGCCCAUCUGACUGGGUUACCCCAGGCAGCUUCCAACAAAGAUAAGAAGUCAAAAGCAUCUUUUCAAUGAAGUGAAUGAUUAACUGUAGAUAUCUUUUAAAGGUAUCAGUAACGCAUGCAUGUACGAACCUGGUUACCAGGGACCGAAAGUUGAAAACAUCUUUUCCCAGCACCCAUCGGAAUCAACAGGAAUUCCUGAACCCAACAUUUCCAAAAUAACCCCGCUGCUUUUUAGAGUGUGAGGUUCAAAGACUGUAGCUGUUCAAUUUUGGCCAUGCUUAUCUACACAAAGGAUCUGUAAGCCAAAGCUCUACAAGUCCGCAGUGUGCCUACAGAAUUCUGCGGAACCUGAGGUUGCCCCAUCAUCUUCGAUGUCAACAAACAUAAGCCUUUGCACACAUGGAACAUGGACAACAUUGAACAGAAUGGGGCACAUCCACCUUGCUGUUGGCUCACUAGAGCUCUCGCCAGAGUAGUUAAAUCGAGGCAAGGGUGCUUAGUAGUUCAUAAUCAGUUUGACUGAUGGAAGCUCCAUUUCACUCCUAAGUACAGGUUACUUGGGGGAUCAAAUUCUCUAAACUCUGGGUGUAAGAAGUAAUCUCGAUACUCAAUUCCUAUUGAGCAUUGAGACCUAAAGGGCAAAGCUGGAUAUCGAGAGCAUGCAACCAUAUUGCAGAGGCAGGUGACAAGAUUUUGAAAGUGAUCACCGCACCAAUUUCAAUGUUAUUUAACCAAAUUUGUAUCACUUUUUUUUAAAAGCGUUGUGCAGGUUGGAUAAAUGUGACUUGGGGAAAAUGUGAUUUGCCUUUGUGUGCAGCUGGAGCAGCUGUGUCUCUGCUGUCUUCGGGGACCCCUCCUGUCAUUUGUGCCUUAGCAAUGUAUGCCUCGGCAGAUGAUCCGAUUAAUGAAACUGUUUGUUAACCUUGCCAUGUGAUCUUUUCCCAGAUGACCCUGACAGCAGAAGUUACUUAGGAUUGUUAGGUGUUAUAUAGAGGAUUCUGAUAUGGAUCAUUGGAACGUGCAGAUGACAAAGAGUAUCACAUUCCUUUGUGUGCCAUACCCCUUUUCCCUGCCCGGUUUUCUUAAGGCACCUGUUUACUUUGAUGCUGCGAGUGAUUUGCAAGACAGAAGCCUCCUGAGUCAACUUCAGUGAAAGCACUAUAUAGGAGAACAAGGGUUUAUUUCUGGUAUAGAAAGCAAGUGCCUUUGAGGUCAUCAGUGCAGUGAUGUGACGUGCUGAGUGUGUAGCCCACAUGGCAAAUCACAAAGCACCUCCAUGAAGCCUCUUGGUUCUCUUGCUGAUAUCUUGAGAAAUUCAGUUGCGUGUGAAGACUCCCAAAACCACCCCCAAAAUAAAGACACAGUAGACACAGAUUUUAGUUUAAGGUUUUUGGUAUUAAUUUUGGCCACAGCUUUAUUGAUUACAGCAUGUGAGUGGUUGCUUAGGCAUUGGUUGCAGACUACAUGAACCUGCACAGUGGCAGGAACAGGACUGACACUGGGCACCACCAUCUGUCAGUAAGAGAAAGGGGAGUAAGAAGCUGACUUCCAUCUCACAGCUCACCCCAGAUGUUUCCAGGGGCUCUGGUGUGGCCCUAGCCCCUGGACAGGGUUCGGACAAAAGCAAGGAGAGCCUCUGGAUUCCUUUAGCAGAAUUCCCUAGCAGCAGUGAUGGAAGGGCAGGCACAGCCAACCACUUCCCCUCCACAAAACAUUGAACCAAUGCCUAACUGCCAACCUUACAAAGUUGUGACCACUUGCUACACAGUAGGCAAAAACCAAAUGGCAACAGCCAAUCAGCCAAAGGGCAAAAUUCCUACAGGGCCCCUGCUCCAAAACAGAUGACCCCUAGACAGGCAUAGCAAGGCCAAAGGACAGCCCUAAAUAUAGGGUAGGAUAGCCCUCGGUAGCCAAUAGACGACCCAACAGGCCAAAGUUCUGCCCCAGCAACUGAGGGGCAACCAAUGGGGUGUUGUGGCUAUCCAAAUGGUCCCGCCCCACAACAGGGAGGCAGUUUAGGUGAUCUCACCACAACAUGUGCCCUCCAUGAUGGAGGACACGAUCCGACAUUAGAAGAGUUAUUAAGCACAUUUAAAGGGUGUGUUUUCGUGAGACGUUUUGGCAUGUCCCAUGUAUCUAAUUCUCCUCCAGGUGGAAAAAAAAUCCAGUUUCAGUUCUAUAUGCUUUGGUUUCCUAUCAAUGGUUAGUAAAACCAAGCCCAAAAUGAUAAGACUACACUAGUGGCCAAAAUUGUGGAAACCUUUUGGGAAAAGUGUAAUUAUGAGGUUUGAUGGCUCUUAACACCAUUUUCUUUUAGAGUAAUAGCAUAAAAUUAUAUAUCAAUGGAAAGAUAAUUUAUUGAAGAAUGUAAUGCAACAAAGUUUGUUCAAUUAUCUGUAUUCUAUUAAAAGUUAUAGCCAAAUAACCAGAAAAAGAAGCACAGCUUGCUUAGGUUGAUAUGUAGUAGCUUUCCUUCAUGUGAAUGUAGCCAAUGAGCAUGAGUAUUUAAGAGAGCCAAUCAGGUAUUAUGAGCCAUCAAACCUCGGAAAUACACUUUUCCCAAAAGGUUUCCACAAUUUUGGCCACUAGUGUAGCUGUGCUAGAGAGAGCAUAAUAUGCAGUGCUGUCCUAAACACAUUUACUCAGAAGUAAGUCCCACUAAUCAAUAGAUUUUACCCCGUAAAAAGUGUGCUCAGUACUGCAGCCAUAGGUUUCAUUCCAAAAACAUAUAAUUCAGUCACUGUGGCUGUGUUACAUUGAGAUAUAUUAGGGGUCAAAACUGGAUUAAGUCCAAGCGCUUUGGGUUAAUUAGAGUUUACUAGGUCUUAAUUUGCAGCAGGUCUUGGUUUUGCUGAAUUCUGGGACACACUUUCAGUCCUAGGCUCAUCCCCACAACAUGCAAAGUAAACAACAAAAGGCCUCUGAGCAUGUACAGAGAGCUUAGUCUUCAUAAUUGAAUAAUGUUAAAGUGUGCAUGCAGCAAGUGAUUAAGGACAUGGAAGUCAUGUGGGAGAGCCUGGUUUCCAGGCAUGCAUGAGCCACUGCACCUUUCUGUGCGGCAAAAUUAAUUGUCUGUUGCAUCAGGCAUUCGUCCUGCGCAUUCUCUCUACUCCUGGCAAUUGUCCCUUAGCCGGCUGCUCAAGUCUUGAAAUAGAAACAGGCAGCUGCUGCUUCUACUCCAAAGCCACCUGAACAUUGCCCUACACUGAGGUCAUCCUCCUGCGGCUAACUAAGCUGGCUUCCUGGAAGAUUUGCACGGGCAGAGCAAUGUAAAGCUGCCCUCGUGGCAAGCAAACUCUGCCCUGAUGUACCUGACUCUUCCUCUCUUGCUAUCUCAUCCAUUCCACAACAAGCUCUCAAACCAGGACCCUGAAACUUCAAUUUGAUUUUACUCAUUAUGUUUCUAUGCUGCUUUUCAUUCAUGUGAAUCGCAAAGCGACUUGCAAGCAAGCAAUAACUGUAACAGAACAGAACAUCGGAAAGGCAAUGUAAAUCAUAUAGAACGUUUGACAAAUCGUCAGUAAAACAAUUGCAAUCUGUCCCAAUUACGCUGUUGGCAAAACAGCUUAAAAAAUAAGCUAAACAGCACAAUUACAACAAAAUUCUUAUUACAGUCAUACCUUGGAAGUUGAACAGAAUCCAUUAUGGAAGACCAUUCGACUUCCAAAACGUUCAGAAACUAAAGCGCGGCUUCUGAUUGGCUGCAGGAAGCUCCUGCAGCCAAUCGGAAGCCAUCGAAGCCCCAUCGGACGUUGGGCUUCUAAAAGAACAUUCAAAAACCAGAACACUCACUUCUGGGUGUCGAUCGUUCAGGAGCCGAUUUGUUUGUGAGCCAAGGCAUUUGAGAUCCAAGGUACGACAGGAUAGGAUUCACAAAGUACAAUUGUCCCCUGUCUCACAAACCAGUCUACCAGUGCUCGUUGUACAGAGGAAGACCUUGUAAAAGCUCAAGGGCCUUGAUUUCCUCCGCUAUGAACAUGGAUUGAAUUUUCUCUUUAUGUUCUCAUGUCUUCCUCUGUUCCGUGGAUAGUUAAGGCCUCCAGAAGCUGUUGGACUCAAACUCCCAUAAUCACUAACAACUGGCUAUGUGGUUUGGGGCUAAUAUGAGCUGUGCAUCCUAGUUCCAGCAGUAGACACCAUGGUGCCCUGCAGAGUACCACUCCCAUCAACCCCAGCCAGUACGGCCAAUGAUCAGGAGUGAUGGCAGUUGUUAUCCAGAACAUAUGGGGAUCACCGCAUGAGCUACCCCUGUCCUAGUUUAUGUAGUCUAGACCAGCAGGUACUCUGCAUGCAUAAGACCCUAUGUUCAAUCUUGCUUAGGAAUAAGGGAGGAAUUUGGUUCCGUAAGGCUAUUGAUGCAAAUCUAUCCAAUUAAUGCUUUCCGAAACAGUAUGCAAACCAUUCUUUUCUCUCUCUCUUCUCUUUAACUUCAGGAACCAGCCUUGUAUUUGUUGUUUGUGAAUCGAUUUCUUCUUUUCUUCUACUAAUCUGUCAAAACAUGCAUCUAUAUUUUCGUUCCAAUGCAGAAAAUGAGAAUAGAACUUGCUUCAGGAUUCUAAUAUUUCAUUUCUUUUCCCUGAGUAGCUGCUAUGAUUUUUCCUCCUUGGAUUAAAAUGUUUCUUUCCUAUAACUGGCUACCACACUAUGUUUGAAAGCUGGGCUCUGAAUCAGAUUGUUCUCUUAAAGAGAACCAACUUGGGACGGGCCAGUAAAGUGACUUGGUCUACACUGGUGUUGAAACAAUUGACUAAGAGGGUGGUGUCUGACCAAGUUUUACUCAGUAGACCCAUUGAGAUUCAUGACCAUGACUAAGUUAGGGCCGUUUAUUUCAAUAGGUCUUCUUUGAGUGAAACAGUUGAAUACCACCUAUUGUCAGUAAGGUGGCAACUCUACCCAUGCUUAGAUUGUGCUGCAUGGUUGCUUCUGCAAUCUCAGCACAUAUCAUUACAUUGGGGUGGUUUAUUUUUGCUUCUAUAGAUAUAAUAGUGGCAUGGAACCACUGUCUCCCACUUGAGAAAAUGGGGGGUGCAAUUUGUGCUACCCUAAGUAAGCACCAGGCUGUAGGUGUUCAUGAAAGUCAUUUAUUGUUUGCAUGUGAACCCACUGUGAUGGGCCGGAUAGUUAUAUUAAACUGUUAUGAUGAAAAAACAGGUGUAACUCCAUUGAAGUAAAAGGAAUUACAUUGGCCUAAUCAUGUCCUGGAAGUCAUGGCAAAGUGAGGUAAGCAGCAAGAAUAGGGAAUUAUGCUAGUCAAAAACAGGAAAAUGCAACAGUAUGUAUCCUUACGUAGUCCAUCUGCUCUGAAGCUACUUUGGAGCAAAUAGAAGUCCUCUCAUCCGCUUCUCUGGGCAUCAAACUAGGUCUGCCGAUUCUUGUAGUUCCUCCUACUGCAGUGGGGUUACUCCUGAAGUAUAACAAUGUCACGGACAGAGGAAUAAGACCCAUGGUCUUCUCUUCUUUAGAGAUGGACCACGACCAAAAAAUCAGAUCUGAAGAGCCUCAGUCUUUGAAAAAGUUUGUAUCUAGACAUGGAUCUUAACUCAACUCCUCAUAUCCAUUCUUAAUACCAUUAUUAACUGUCUACUUUCCCACCAACUCUCAAGUCAAACCAAUUACAUUUUCAACCACCAUCAAACUCAUAAGUGGAAGUAGAUAUUUUCCAUGGAAGGCCACCAUUUAAAUUGUGUUGGAGUUUAUUUAUGUACAUACAUACAAGGUAAUAACCCCAUUUCUUUCUUUCUCUUGGAUGCCAUUGAUGUCUUAGUAUCUGGAUGUAUAGUAUUAUGUUUCUGGAUACUGAGGUAUUUGGUAGCACCUCCACGUUUACAUUUUGUUCAAAUGACUAGAUCUCAUUUUAUUUUUUUAUUUUCAUUGUAUGUGAAUGUGCGUGUGCUUUACCAUAUUAGCAAAGGGCGUCACUCUUCAGCCUCUAGGUUUGCUUCCAUCUUUGCUUCAAUGCAUCAUUUGCAAUUAAUGCAUUGAAAUGCCCCCAUCGUGAUUCAGUUUCUCCAUCCAUCAUAUUUGUUCCUGUUCUGUUGAAGACAAACAGCUGCAACCGCGAAACGAAACAAAAGUACAAUUCAUUCCAUACUGUCAUCCCUUUGUCCUGACCAGAGCAACUUGAUCGAGUCGAAGAGGGCAUGAACCAUAUCAACCAAGACAUGAAGGAGGCCGAGAAAAAUUUAAAAGAUUUAGGGAAAUGCUGUGGCCUUUUCAUAUGUCCUUGUAACAAGUAGGUACUGGGUACCAGCUCUGCUCUGUAAUGUCCAGUUCUUUGUCAUGAGUGAAUGUCUGAAGUUUUCUUUUCUUUUUUGUCUUUUUUUCUUUUCUUUGUCCCUUUCCAUCUGCUUCAUACUGUGGGGAUAAAAUACUUGUGUUUAAUCAGAACAACUGGAGCGCAUCGAAGAGGGAAUGGACCAAAUCAAUAAGGACAUGAAAGAAGCAGAAAAGAAUUUGACGGACCUAGGAAAAUUCUGUGGUCUUUGUGCCUGUCCAUGCAACAAGUAGGUGUUGCCUGCCUGCCUGCCUGCCUGCCUGAAAUCUUGAGCACCCAAGGCUGAUCGCAAGCUAGCAAGCCUUGUGAUGCUCAUCCUUGCUUAAGGCACCUGGGCAGGAUGAGCAUGUGGCAUGCAGAGAGAACAAUUCUGGUUCCAAUGCGUUCAUCUCAUAGCGUAGACCAGAGGUUCCCAAAUUUUAGGGACCGACAAACCACUCUUGCCCUGCUUUUAUGAAAAUAAAAAGUAAAACCCUCCCAGGUUCCGCCUCUUCUCCCCACUGUCAGCAUCCAAAUUCCCAAGUGGUAUGGAUCCAACCAUUUAUUCCCAAAAGCAGUUACCUGGAAACUUGAAUGUUGACACGGGGGGUUUGUGGCUUCACAUCAGUCCCAGUGGAGAAGAAGUGGCAGAUUGCCCUUCACCUCCAUGGAUGAGCACUGGUGUGACAUGGGAACUAGACGAGGUCAGGAUCAUGGUGGCUUCGUUAGCUAUUUGAGAGCCACUUGCCAUCAUCUCAGAGUUCACGAGUGGCUUAUGGGUUUAAUGUUUGGGAAUCUUUGGCGAAACAGUGAGAUCACCGUAGCUGCAUUUAAAAUCAGGCAUACCACACUGAAACCUUCACUGUGGACACUUUUAAAUGAUGAAGAUUUCAACAUUUUACAGAGUGUGUACUAUGUCGUAAUAACCUAAGCUUCAAAAAUUAUGGCGCUAUCUCAGAAUACUGACUUUUCUCUCUCGUUCUCAAGCUUUAAAGGGAAUGCUUUCUUGACCAUGAGCUGUGCUCCAAAAUUGCAUAAAAUGACCAUUUGGAGCCAAAAACAAUACCAACAUCCUAUUUAAUCAGAUAAUCUCUCUUUGCGAGGUCUGGAGACGUGCCGUAGUUUCUUGUCUGAUCCCAAGAAAUGGGGAGUUUUUAAAUUUAUUUAUAUAUAUUGGCAGGAAAACUAGACCCAUUUUGCUAAUUGUCGUUCCCCAAUUGGGUAGUGUACACCAAGCAGAAAUGUUGAAAUGUGUUGGGUUUGCUUGCAUGUUAUUGUCACAAAAUGAAAAUGCAGCAUUAAAAAAUGUGAUGUCUGGACUUUGGAGGGAGGCAGUAGACAUGAAAGAACAGGCUUUCUGAUGGAUAGCAGACUUAGUAUGCACUGACACUGCAUGAAGGAAUUACUAAAAAUACAUUAAUAAGUAGGCCGCCCCAAAUGGUGUGUAUGUCAGCGAGUGACUGUGUUCAAGUGUGUUUGUAAUCUUCUGUUUCAGCAUUUCAUUAGUCCAGCUUUACAGUAGGGUAUUCGCCUACUCACCUGGGGUGAAUAAUAAUUCCUCUGGGUGAAUAAAUUGCCAAACAUUUCUGAGAAGGUAUGUUUCUUGUUCUGAUGUGCAAGGCUGGAUCAGUCCUUCAAAGCAAGCAGCAAAAACCAGCCAGAGCCCUUGCAGAACUUAAAGAGAAUAUUGAAACAGGAGAUGCCAAAAUCUGCAAUGGCAGUAAAAAGUUUGGAUGGCUGAACUUUAUGCUGGCUACCCUUUUGCACAGAUAAGAGAGUCAACCAGUGGGUAAAGUGUGUGUGUGUGUGUGUGUGUGUGUGUGUAUUGAGAGGGGGAAGAGUCUAUUGUCCUAAGUAGACCUGACAAUCUAAAGGAAAUUCUAAGCUCGUGUCAAUUACUGUGCUAAAAAAAGGCACCUGAACUAUCAAAAUCCAACUAGCAUUCAGUCUGGUAGGACUGUUUGUUUACCUGUUCAAUCAUGCAUAUACCAAAAGAGUCUCAAAGAGAUUUAACAAGACAAAACCCAAACAGAUAAAAUCAAGUCAAAGCCAAAAAGAUAGCAUACAACACAAAAUUUCUGGAUUGCUUAUCAAGCAACUUCUUCUAACAAUCCCUGCUAGUAUGCAGCCUGUUCAUCUGUAUGGUUAUUAAGAAGCACACCCUAAUGAGUUUUAUGGGCCUUACUACCAAAUAUCCCUAGGAUUUCAGCUGGACUGCACAACCCUAACUAUAUUUAUUCAGAAGUAAGGCCUCUUGAUUUUAAUGUAACUUACUUCUAAUUUAACAAUGCAGUCCUAUGCAUGUCUACUCAUAAAGAAGACCCACUGAGUUCAAUGGGAUUAAUUCCUGUGUUGACAUUGAGGGCAAUGAAACUAACACCUGGGUCAGCAAGUAUAUGUUUGUGCUAUUAAAUCCAAUGGUGGUUUAUAGAACUACAGUCAAACCUUGGUUGUCAAACGUAAUCUGUUCUGGAUUAGACUUCUGAAACAUUCGACAACUGAAAGUGGAAGCCUCAAUACAAUAGGGAAACUCAAAACAGAAGCCAUGUAGCCCGUUCGGCUUCUGAAAAUCGUUCAAAAACCGGAGCAGUUACUUCCUGGUUUUCGGCCAAAACGUUAAAAAACGGAGCCCUUCGAGAACCGAGGUUUGACUGUAGUAAGGAUUCUUCAUUUAGCCCACUCAGUCCCCAAAAGUACCCAACUGAAACAUCUUUCUUCAUGCAAUUUAUAAAAUACAGCACUCAUUAAAAGUAUUGUUGAUUAGCACAUUGUUUGAAAUCUAUGGCCAAAUGGAAAACAUUGAACAGUGUUCAGAUCAUACGUGCCACUAUUAUGAAGUAGCAAUAUUGGACAUUACUUACUAACGGCACUCCAAAUUUUCAUCUUCUCCUUUCUUCCCUCAGAUAGGGGAGCUUCAUAUUUAAAACACAGACUUGUACAUACCUCAUUAAUAAAAGUAAUUGCUGUCUUUGGUUUAAACCCCCAAGAGAGACUUCCUGAAAGGGAGAUAAUUCUGACAAUGAGCUUCCAUCACGUCCAAUUUGUAAUCUCGGAUAGCUUUUGUUCUGAAACAACCCAAACGAAUGCUGCGCAUGCUAAUAUUAUCUGUCGCCUCCUGGUAUGCCUGGAUUUUAACUUCUCCGUGGCGACUCAGUCAAAGAUGGCUCCUCGGUUGCCCUGUGCAAUUGAAUUCACAACGUGGCUCUCCAAGACUUGGCUUUCCAGGGCUGAAGGUUUUAAGAUUUGCAGCAUAGCUGAAGAUCCAUUUUUGCCUGUGUCCCACUCGCUGCGUAGGCUGUUACUGCUAGUGCAUUAAGAGAAUGUUUGAACCACUGGGGUUAGCUGUGCUUUACGGAGAAUGCUUCACUUUCUUAUUCAUGCCUGUAGCUGGUGCAUGAAAAAAAAUUAUAUCUAGAAGAAUUUCCCUUUCUGAUGCUCAACUGCUACACAUGCUUGUAUUAUAGUUAUUUAUCUGUUUCUUCAUUUUUCCCGCACUCAUCCCACUAUGGCCUAAUUUUACUUUUUGUCUCUGUGGACAAAGGUUUGUACAUCAACUCUGGAUGUAUAUUCUUUCCAAGUACCGAUAUAUUAUUAAAAUAUCUAAUCUAAAUUGCCAUAUAUGACCCCAGAAGGUAAACAAGCCAAGAUUGAUUUCACUGGAAAUCACUGAAAAGUUUGGCGGAUACAGAGGUUUAUUGUGCCACACAUAAAAAAGCAAGUUGGCCAUGGUUUUGUGUUCAAAAGAGACCAGAUCUGUGUGUCUUUUAAUCUUAAUCUGUCGCUAUGAUGUACACACUACCCUCUGUGGUUUCUGUCUUCAUGUCUGUAUGGCCGUAUGUUCUCUGUGUCAUAUGUCCAAAUAUCCCAUGUGUCAUGAAAUACAGGUUUUCUAGUUGUGUUUCAUUUUAAAAAAAAAAUUAAAACAAAACAACAACAAAAACGCAAGCCCAAAUUCUUGCUGACUUGGCAAUCGCAGGCGACUUGAUUGGAAAUGAAAUUUCUAAACAUUGCAGUCAUUGUGGCAGCAAAACGAUGAAAAUGAAAUCAACCCUUUUGUUCAGUUGUAUGAUAUAUCGGUAUACCAGACUGUCCCGUCCCACCCCCUUGUAUGAAACGCUCAUUUGCUUGACUCGGCUCUUAGCUUGAAAAAAUAACAAUUGUCACAUUUCUUGCAGUUGCUUCCGCCCUGUUUCUGCUUCGUUACUCACCGUCUCUUUUUGCAUAGGCUUAAAUCGAGUGAUGCUUAUAAAAAAGCCUGGGGGAAUAAUCAAGAUGGGGUUGUAGCUAGCCAGCCGGCACGCGUUGUGGAUGAGCGAGAACAGAUGGCUAUCAGCGGUGGAUUUAUCCGCAGGUGAGGCUUGUUCUGGGAAUCUUAUUUUUACCCAUUCUUACCCCUCUUUCUUUCCUGUAACUGGCACUUUCAGACCAUAUGGUCCUACGGAGAGGGUUUGUGGUGAUGCUGUUGUUUAUUCUCCAAGUUGACAACAUCCAAGUCAAAUGAGUCCGAGUCUUUUGUAAAUUUCCACUGACAUCCUAUGUCCUAUGUGGGAGGGGUUCUGAAAAAACUUCAGAUUGGCCCGCAGGUUGGGGGACUUGUAAAAGGGUAAAAGAGUACAGUGGUACCUCGGGUUACAUAUGCUUCAGGUUACAGACUCCACUAACCCAGAAAUAGUACCUCGGGUUAAGAACUUUGCUUCCGGAUGAGAACAGAAAUCGUGUGAUGGCGGUGCCGCGCCAGCGGGAAGCCCCAUUAACUAAAGUGGUGCUUCAGGUUAAGAACAGUUUCAGGUUAAGAACAGACCUCUGGAACGAAUUAAGUACGUAACCAGAGGUACCACUGUACUGUACUAAAAGAGUACAGUGGAACUUGGGUUACGUACCGUCAUCCUUACGAAUGCUUCGGGUAACGUGGCAAAUUACUAUGUCAGUCUUUUAAGGAUGUAUAUACCACACUUUAGGAUAAAAUCUUUCCUGCGUGGCUUAGAAAUGAGCACCUGUUUCAUGACUUUCUGACAGUAAGAAGCGAUCAAGUGCAUUGCUCUGAACAGGCAAAGAAGUCUAGCAGUUUGGGAUGAAUAUGUAGCUUUAUGAUACAGUUCAGAUCACCUUUACUCCUUACUACUUGACAGGGUAACAAAUGAUGCCCGAGAAGGUGAGAUGGAUGAAAAUCUGGAACAGGUCAGUGGCAUCAUUGGAAAUCUCCGUCACAUGGCCCUGGAUAUGGGCAAUGAGAUUGACACACAGAACCGCCAAAUUGACAGGAUCAUGGAGAAGGUAAGGGCUGACCUGCUGUUCGUACCCUAUAUUCCUUGUUCUGAGCAUGAUAAUAAGUUUUUCUUUUCUGGAUCAAAAUGUUGGGAUAAAAACUAAGAGUGUGUUUAAUUUCCCCUCCAGUUUGUGGGGUUGUAGGGAUGCAGGUGGCACUGUGGUCUAAACCACAGAGCCUAGGGCUUGCCGAUCAGAAGGUCGGCGGUUCAAAUCCCCGUGACGGGGUGAGCUCCUGUUGUUCGGUCCCAGCUCCUGCCCACCUAGCAGUUCAAAAGCACGUCAAAGUGCAAGUAGAUAAAUAGGUACCACUCUGGCGGGAAGGUAAACAGCGUUUCCGUGCGCUGCUCUGGUUUCGCCAGAAGCGGCUUAGUCAUGCUGGCCACAUGACCUGGAAGCUGUCUACGGAGAAACGCCUAUAGAGUGGGAUGAGCACGCAACCCCAGAGUCAUCCGCAACUGGACCUAAUGGUCAGGGGUACCUUUACCUUUUGGGGCAAAGCAUUUAGCUUCUAUGCUAAAGUGAUGGGUGCAGGGACUUCCUUUUUAGCAGUAUAUAAAGGCUUCAAGGUAUAAGCCUCAUGGCAUUUGCAUGAAAUUUGUUUCUGGUCUAGAUAGAUACCUCUAGGCCAGCCUUUCUCAACCUUAAAUUCCCAGAUCAUAGAACUGUAGACUUGAAAGGGACACUGAGGUCAUCUAGUUCAGCCUCCUACAAGACAGGAAUCUCAACUAAAACAUCCAUGACAAAUGGCCAUCCAACAUCUGCUUUGAAACUUCCAAUAAAGGAGAGUUCCCAACCUUCCCGAAGUCUUUGGUUGCCUCAAAAGAUAAUUCCUCCAUAAUGCUUAUAGGACUAGGUAUCAAAAGAUAAAAUCAGAAAAAAAUAGACAGGUAUCUCACCAUGCACAAAAGAAAGGAAUGUAAGAUUGAGACUGCCACAAAUGCACACCUUCAGGGAAUGAAAUCUGCAGCUAGGUAAUUUUCUUUAUCCAGUAACUGAAUGUAGUGACAGAUCCUCACCGGACUCGAGAAUAAGUAUAGCAACGUUAGCUUUUCAAUGCCCAGUUGUGUACCAUUUGUUAAGGGAACUGGAAUGGCCCCUUUCAAUCCAAAUAUAAAAUGCAUCAUGCUUUAUCCUGAAGUUCUGGAACUCCUCGUCACUGCAAAAGACCUUUUUACACUUGGACACAGUAGCUAUCAAUAGGUGGAAAGCUCAACUCAUCCGAAUGUGAAUUUGACUUUAUUGUCUACUCUGCAUGUAUCUAGAAUCAAAGAAUCGCAGAAUCAUAGCAUUGUAGAGUUGGUCAUCUAGUCCAAACCCCUGCAAUGCAGGAAUCUCAGGUAAAGCAUCCAUGACUGAUCCAACCUCUGCUUAAAAACCUCCAAGGAAGGAGAGUCCACUACCUUCUGAGGGAGCCUGUUCCCCUGUCAAACAGCAUCUUACUGCCAGAAAGUUCUUCCUGGUGUUUAGUCGGAAUCUCCGUUCUUGUAACUUGAAGCAGAGCAGGAGAAAACAAGCUUGCUCCAUCUUCCAUGCGACAGCCCUUGAGAUAUUUCAAGAUGGCUAUCACAUCUCCUCUCAAUCUCCUCUGUACUAGGCUAAACAAACUCCGCUCCCUCAACAGUUCCUCACAAGGGUUCGUUUCCAGACCCUCUCUCAUCUUGAUUCCCAGAUGUUCUCAAACCAUAACUCCCAUGACACUAGCUAGGAUUUAUUUAUUUAUUUAUAUUUAUACCCCGCCCUCCCUGGCCAACACCAGGCUCAGGGUGGCUAACAUCAGGUAUAAAAACAAUUGAUUAAAAUACAACUUAAAAACAAGAUGAAAAUACUACUUAAAACGCAGCCUCAUUUCAGUGGAAGCCCAGAUCAAAAACUGUUUGGGGGGAGAAAAUGUCAAAUCUUCACCGAGGCCAACUAUCCAGACUGGUCCUACAUGGGCCAGAAAAGCCAGGGAAGUCCCCAAAUAGGGGUUCCAUCACAGAAGGAAAAGGAAAAGAAUGAUAGUUGUAGCCCAACAAUUUCUCGGAACCCAAGGUUGAGAAAGGCUGCUCUAAGCAAAUAAAGAUGGUGGUUGGCUCGUUUCUCGCCAGCACUGAACUUUUAGUGAACCCAGCUGCGCUCUAAGCAACCUGGGUCAUCCCCUGGUAGACUGGACUUGAAUAUUACUCAGGAUAAACUUCAGCCAACUCAGUUGCACCUAUUCCACAAUUACAUCUCUCUCUCUCUCUCUUUCUCCCAUCUAGGCUGUUUCCAACAAAACCAGGAUUGAUGAGGCCAAUCAACGUGCAACAAAAAUGCUGGGCAGCGGUUAGAUGUGCCCCUGUGCUGAAUCUCCUUCUAAACACUGUCCGCAAGGGCAGCACUUUCAUGCUUUUUUCUCAUGGUAUUUACCAACUAGGUUUGCACACAUGCACAUAUCAAAAAAACGCCCACACAACAACCACCACCCCACCCCUCUCUUUCUGCUCUCCCAGCCCAGCCCAUAUCCCAGUUGUAAAUGUUGUCCUGUGUAGGUUGUCGGCUUUCCAAAAAUGAUACUUGUAAAUUAUUAUCUUCCAGAUCUCUUCCUUUCCAAAGGUUGUAUAUAGUACUGAUUUGAUGGCUAUAGCUCAUGACAACGUUCGAUAUAUUUGUUGGAUUUCUAUUGCCCCCUCCCUCCCCCCUCCCUCUCCCCGCAUUUCUUUCUGUCUGUCUGUUUUUGGUUGGUGAGGUUUUUUUAAACAACAACAACAACUUUAUGAUGUUUUUUGCUGAAUGACAAACAAAUGUAGGAAUGCUCAACGUGCUGUUAAACUUUUAACUAUACAGUAUUGUUCUUGUAAAACUGUUAACAUUCCACAGAGCCACCCGCAAGAGUAUUUUCUUUGGGUGUCAUGUCGUUUAAGCACUUAAGAAUUUGGUGUUUUUCUCUCUUUCUUUCUCUUUCUCGGUUCUCCAUUGCUCUCUCCAUUGGUCGUUAUGAGUUCAUUGAUUAGACAGUGUGGAAUUCUAUAAGUUAUAACAAGCAUUGCACUAAAAGAAAUAAUACUAAUAAAUAAAAAGUGACGUGAUUUUAUGCAUUUAUUGCAUGAGAAAUAGACUUUUAGACUCCUUAACUUAAGUGAGACUUUUCCAUGGCAGUAGCAACAUCGACAACAACAAAAAGAAAACAAUUAAAAUUAGCAUGCUCCGUAUUGGGACACUGUCAGGACUAUGUUAUAAUACCAGCAAGUUUGCAGUAGUGCCAU